AUGCCACGAGGGGAGUGCACUUUGUAUGUGCUCAAAGGUGCUCUCUUUUCCCCCUUUGGGUAAACUGGCGCUGCAACUAAACCUUUGUUUUCUAUGAUCCAUUGCGCCUCUCCGCCCACCCAGCUUCCUUUGGGGGGUCGCCGCAUCUUGCAGACCAUCUUACGGCCUCUCCUGACGGGAAAUUUCAGACAAAGGCUGGGCUGCUGCCACAGUAGCCGCUUCCGCCAACAGCCUCGGCGGCGUGUGCGUGCGCCACGGUUUGGCGCGGCCAGAAGAGACAAGAGCUGCUUCUGCUGGAUCCAGUCCGCGCUCCGAUGCGCCAAAGGAGCCGGGUGGCCAAUGCUCCCUCGCCUUCUCUCCAAGUCCUUCCCACGAGCCGGCCACCCAUCCCCAGCAAGCGGCCACCCGCAACAGGGGCGCGCUUCCUCAGCCUCUCCCUCUCCGCUGCAGCCUUUGCGCCCCCUUCGGUAGGACGAGCCAGCGACUCCAUCCAUCCCCACGUGGGAACGGGCUCCGGAGGCUAGCGGGGUGAAAGCUUUGGGCAGGGAGGGCGUGGGAACCAAGGGCGGGAGGAUGUGAGGCUGGGCGGCAGGGGCGAGGGGGUCGUGGUCCCCACGCCCUCUCCUCCCAGGGGGCGCCGAGACGCGGCACAAAGCCUGCGCGCAACUGGGGCGCGGAGGGAGCUGCCGCGCAACGAGGCGCGUCGCGGAUCCUGGUUUGUUCUCUCUCUUUUUUCUUCCCAUUCAUCCCCUCCCGUCUGCCUCGGACGAGGCUGUGCCCUCGGGGCUCUCUUGUUUUUGCAUAACCCUGCCUCCCUCCCUCCCUCUCUCCCCCUCGCUGGGCUCGCGUUUGAUUGAUGCGAUGGGGGUCACGCUUUCGUUCCUGCGGGCAGCAGCUCGUAGCUGGCGAGGCCAAGCCUUUGUGCAGAAGUGCGCGGCGGCCCAGCGUCCACGGCUGGGCGGGAGGCAUUUAAAUGCCGCGAUUUCGGGGCGGUAACAAAGGCGGCAGCGGGAGGGAGAGAGACAGAGUGAGAGGCGCGCGUACGGCUGCUUUGGGCCGCGGCCAGCAGUAGCGGCGGUGGCGUCGGACGCGGCGCCAGGAGCGCUCCCAAGUGAGUAAAGGCAGCGACUCCGGUGGAUCCGUCCUUGCACGCGCGCACUGCCCGGAUACCCAUCUGAUUGGCGCUUGGGGGGAGCGGGCAGGGCGGAGGGCGCUCUCUCCGCGCGCAGCUUCGUAGGCGCGCACGGAUGGAUGGACUUCGCGGUGUGCCAGUCUGCUCUUCCCAUCGCUCCUGCCGCGCCACUUCCAAUUGCGAGACGAAUUCGAAUUCGUCUCCGGAGCUUUGACUUGCCCUCUCCCAUCUCCGCGCGGCUCCCAUACUUUUGCACUGGGAAAUCGCCAAGGUCCUGCCGUUUUCAGGAUCCUGGCAUUUCCCUUGAGCGACAGAGAAACCCUGCAUGCAUAACGUGUGGUAAUGUUUUGUAAUGUUUACUGCAAAUAAUAGAUGGAGGAUUUCCUUGGAGCGUUCUAUCAACGCAAAACGAUCAAGCAACUGGUGCCUCGGAAUUGAAUUUCCCCCCGUUUUUGAUUAGGUUACUUUCUCCCAAUUGCCUCUAGCUUAUUAAGAUUUUGUUCUUGGGAUGGGGAAACGGUAACGAGGUUGGUCGUGUUUUUGUUUCUGAAAUGGUAAUUAACUGGAGGACUCAGUUUCCAAACGUGGGCAAUAUAAAUCUUGGAUAGAAAACUUUGCAGAGGAAAACUUGAAAAGUUUUCCCAGUUUGCCAGUAGGUUGGGGUCUUGAGGUUGUUGCUGAAGGAGAUUCAAGCAGGAGCAAGACUGAAUGAACUUGGAUCUCAGCGGUAUCAUGUAGAGAUGACUUGGAGAUGGAACAACUUCUAGUGCAUCAGGUUUGGCCCCUCAGUCACUCCUCCUGCUUUUCAUUUGCAGAAUGCUGUUUUCAUUUGUUCAUCAGUUCUCUGUAGAAAAGAGCAGCCUGCUGAGAUAAUAAUGUUAGCAAUCAAUACUGCUGGUUUUUUCCCUUGAAGAUCCUUAUAUUCUCGCCAUCUGUUGUGACAUCUUGUGCUCCUCUUGAGUUUGCACUGUGCAACGUUUUGUCUGGAAAUGCAAUUAAUGGUUUCUUUAUUUUCUUAUUAGCAGUGGGCACAAUCCACUGAGAUGCGGGAACAGUUGCACAUCUCACAAUCCAUUUGAGUAGGGCUUGCACAGGAGAGCUGCCGGUUUGAUUGCGCCUUAAAUAUUUCAUCAAGUAUCUGUAUAUGUUUUCUCUGUGGCAUUCGUUCCAGAAUAGAUAAAAGUUAUAUAAUGGAGAGUGUGUUCAUUUAACUUGCAGAUUCCAUGAUAAAAGAACAACAUGAGCAGAUAUUUUUCUGUCAUGGGUUCUGCUCCAGAUAUUUUGUUUUCAAGUAGAAGCAUUUGGCAUCUCCUGUUGCUAGGCAGGGAAAAGUGUGAAUUAUAAAAAUAUGCUGAAACUUGAGGGAGACACAUUUGGAUUUUAAUAUGUUGCUGAUAUUAUUUUUCAGUAUGUUUAAGGCUGCUGUUCUGGACAUAGUUUGGAGCAGAUAAUUUUACUUGACUUUAAUAGGACUUGUAUAUGUGAAAUUGUGCCUGGGAUUUCUGCUUGAAUUCAAAAGAAAGGCACUGUCAUCUGUUCUUGAGUAAAACUUCAAAAGGCAAGGAUUUUGCCCAGUAUAAAUCAUGUAAUUUCCCCCAAAGUUGAUCCUUCAAUAUGAAUACAGAGGGCAGCAAGAGCAAUAGAAUAAGAGCAGUGAGAGCAAUAGCUGGGGCAUUUUUUUCUAGGAAAAAACGGUGCUGGAAAUUCUUUUUAGGGACCUUUCUUUAGGGGAGCACCCAGCCAAAGUUGUUGAGCUUUUUUAGAGGGGAGCACAGUGCUCCUAAAAAAUGUUUAGGGGUACUAUCAUUCUGUAGUUUAAAUCAGGAAAAAUAAAUACAGUAAAUGGACAAAAGUACAAAGAUUCACAAAAUGUUUAGGGGUGCUUCUAUUUUUAUGCCUCUGGAAUGCUGUGCCAUAACGCUAAAAAGGUGCCGGAACUCAGUUCCUGUAAAUUCCGGCUGAAAUUAAGCCCUGGCAAUCUGAAAUAGAGGGCAGUGGAAACCUCUUCCCAUAAACCUCUAGAGAAGUGAUGGGGGCGCAGUAGCUGUCCACUUGUCUAUCAGAUCCACAUUUUGAGCACAUAUACCUGUGUAACGUCCCACUUGUCUUUGGGUACACAAUUGAGCUCCAUGCUGAGCCCUGUAUACUAGUCAGCCCAGCAAACCCUUUGGAUAGGAACAACUAUUGACCAGCUGCAAACACCCCCUUUGGGGGAAGAUGGUGGAAAGGGUCAUGGUGGGACUGCUAGAAGCAUUCUUGAAGGACACUGAUUAUUUGGAUCAUUCUUUCUUGCAAGGGGAUAAAGGAAUAGAGAUUAGGUUGUGCAUCUCCUGAUUCCCUCUUCCAAAUUCCUACCUCCUUUGGGCAGAGCUCCCUUUCUGCUUCUAGGGGCUCAGUCUCACAGGUCUUCUGGCUGUGGUCUGCUGCUGGUCUUUUUCACUAUUCACUCAGGAAGGAUUCCUCCCCAAGGCCUGUUCUCACACCACUCCUACGUCUUCCCCUAUAGCAGGGGUGUCAAACUCAAAUUCAUCGGGGGCUGCAUCAGCAGUUUGGUCACCCUCAAAGGGCCGGUUGUAUCUGUAGGACUUACAGUACAGGAGAGAAGGGUUCAGGCAGCCGUUGGAUCUGUCACAUCACAGGAUGGCAUGCGCUCAAUAUAAAAACAAGUGGAGGUUUCCUGAAUGCAUGUAAAGUGGAGGUUUCCUGGGUAGAACGGCCGGCGCCGCUAGGGGGCAGACGUUCUCUGGCUUGUAGGCUGCCGCACAUGCGCUGAAGAGGCAGCUUUCUUGUGUCCAAAAAAAAAAAAAAAGCGAGAAUAAAAGGUGAAGGCUGGCAGCCGCCUGCGGCUACACGGGCCAUAUGACGAGGUCUGGCGGGCUGGAUUCGGCCCGCGGACCUUGUGUUUGACACCCGUGCCCUAUAGCAUUUGCCACAGAAAAUUAUUAUCCGGUGCCACCUUGCUUGGAAAUGUUACGUGAGGUUCACUCACCCAGUAGUUGGAACUGUCAAGGACAGGCCACCUGCUCUGUCACAGAAUUCACCCUUGUAGCUUUCCCUCUUCCUUCUCUUUUUACAAACUACAGUCGUACCUCAGCUCUCGAACGCCUUGGGAGUCAAACGUUCCAGUUCCCAAACGAUCAAAAACUGGAAGAGAUUGUUCUGGUUUUUCAAAUGUUCUUUUGGAAGCGGAAUGUCUGACGGGGUUGCUCCAGGAGUUUCCUGCAGCCAAUCAGAAGCUGCGCUUUGGUUUCCGAACGUUUCGGAAGUCAAACAGACUUCCGGAACGGAUUCCAUUUGACUUCUGAGGUACGACUGUAUGUAACUGGGACUGUUUGGUCUGGGCCAGUCAUAAUUUUAUCUUAAUGUGAUCAGUAGAGCAUGGAUUCGAGCCCUAUGUUGAGCAAAAGAUUCCUGCAUUGCAGGGGGUUGGACAAGGUGAUCCUCACGAUCCCUUCACACCCUAAAUUUCUCUUUCUUUCUUUCUUUUUUAUUAAAGAUUUUCUUGAUUUACAAAAGUGUGUGCAAUGUCUCUCUCUCGUAUUUUCCCCCUCGUGUAACAUUUUUACAAAUCAGUUUCAUUUGUUGAGGCAUUAGGAAGAAAAGGGGGAAAGAUGGUUGGGGUUGGGUGGUGAUGUUUCUGCUUUACUUACUACAGUGGUGCCUCGCAAGACGAAAUUAAUCCGUUCCGCGAGUCUCUUCGUCUUGUGGUUUUUGCGUCUUGCGAAGCACGGCUAUUAGCGGCUUAGCGGCUUUAAGAAAAAGGAAACAAACUCGCAAGAACUCGCAAGACAUUUCGUCUUGCAAAGCAAGCCCAUAGGGAAAUUCGUCUUGUGGAACGACUCAAAAAACGGAAAACUCUUUCGUCUAGUGAGUUUUUCGUCUUGCGAGGCAUUCGUCUUGCGGGGCACCACUGUAUAUGUAGAGUUUUGUGUCAGCAUUGCUUGUGCAGGUUCUUUGCUGUUCACUUGUGUUCCUUUGGUGGCGAGAGAGGUUGGGGAUGGCCUAGGGUGUGGUUAUUCAUUUGUGGUUGGCUGUGGUGGUCUUAUGAAAACAAAGACGUGUAAGUGGGGUGCGUGGCACACCCUAAAUUUCUGUGAUUGGUUUCGACUUCUUUACAUCUGGGCAGCAGGCAUGAAAAAAUAACCAGAUCCCCACCCUUCCAGCCUCCCAAGGAUACAUUUUACAGCCAGCUUAAGUUAGGCCACAGGAGCAAAAAUAAUUCAUGUUUCCUGUUAUUAAAUUCACACCAUUCCUUUGAGCAGCCACAAAAACCUCAAGCUAUUACAUAUCCUGUUUUACACACAACUGUGUAAAAUAUUUACUUCAUUGUUGUCAGGAAAAGCUCCCAAUAUGUCACAAUUAUAUGUUGCGCUUCCAUGUCAUCUUACACUGUAAAAUACCGUUUUUUUCCUUUUAUGAAAAUGUUAAGCAAAACUGCCCCAGUUGCUCCCCUGCCAGGUAGUCCUGCAUUUUUGCAUUGUUACCAUGGUGUGUGGUGCUUUCAUCUAGUGCAAAUGACAUUGAAGUGGAAAUUGAAAAAGAAAAAUACUUUAAAGCUCAUUUUGUAAGUAUCCCAACAACAUGUCAGACCUUGAAAAUGAGGCUACAGACACUUGCUUUUGGGCACCUUAGCUCACUGCACAUAGUACAUUAAAAAAAAAUAUGUAGUGGCUAAGCUCAGCAUUACACUCUCUUCAGCUCAGCUUGACAACUGCCCCGCUCUCUCUGCCUUGGGACCGAUUACCAGGUAUCACAGAGUCAUUUCCUAUGAGAUAACUUUGUACUUGAGUUCAGAAUGCACAAGUAUAGUAUUGGUUUAUUUAGAAAGGAUGCUAUGGGCAGGUAUCUUGUACAUGGGAAUUGGAACCAAAGUAAAAAAUACCACAUAUAUAGUUAACACACUUUUGACCGUCUUUCACAAUAAGAGUGGAGGGUUUUUUUUGCGCCUCUAAGUUUGCACUUUUUGGUUGAGUGUGGUCCUAAAUUGCACCAGCAGCUAUGAGUACAGAAUCUUAGGUAUUCGGUUUUCCAGACUGAUUAAUCCAUAGUAAACCAAAGUGAAACUUCUGUGUGUUGACACAAUGGCUUUACACAGUGCUAUUUUUCUAGAGAAAAUGGUGCUGGAACUCACCACAAAUGCCUCCCUCGUUCUCUUAGAAUGGCAAUGGUGGUCACCUGAGAGAUGCCAAAACUGAGUUCGAGUGAGUUCCGGCUGAAAAAAAAGCCCUAACUUUACACUUUAAAUGUAUGGUGCGUAGCUUUUUUUAUUGCACCAAACUCCAGCCCUAGUUCAUAGAUCUAAGACAUGAACUUCGAAUAGUAGUCUGAAUAGAAAGUUAUAUUUGGUGGAAGCCAUUGUUGGCUUCAUCCUGAAAAUUCUUCUACUUAAUUUUAAGAAAACAGCAUUGUCAAGGCUUGAUCGCACAUCGUGAUGUCUUCAUUUUAUAUUUGCAGAAGUAUAAAAAAAGUGGAAAAGUGAAAUCUUUAGCAGUAAUUGUCUCCCCGCAACCCCUAUCAAAUCCCCCGGGUUAGAAAUCCUGCUUUUCAUUUCUGCUGGGCUAUCACAUUUUCACUCCUGUCGGUUAAUUCACGUGGCACUUCUUUGCUGCUGCUGCUGUUGUUAUUAUCUGAUUCUAAAUACUAAUACCAACAGAAAAUGGAUCCACUAUCAAUAUUGGCUCUGUUUUACAUUCCUUUCAGAGAAGCUAAAAUGAAGGUGAUUGCUUCUAUUGCCGUUUUAUUUUCCUAUAGCAUCCUUAAUCACUAGUUAUGUCCUAUAAUGCCAACAGAGUUCUGACAGUAGGACUUCAGUGCGUUGAAGAUUCCCACUUUUCAGGACUAGAUGCCUCUUGUGGUCCUGGCCAACUCUACAAUUUUAUGCAAACUGUCAAGGAAGAACUAUGCCAUACUGUACAGACUGAAACAUCAGUAAAAUGACCAACCCCAGCACUGUAUAAAAUAGAUUGUGUUGUUAUAUAGUUCCGUCUUAAUGCCUUAUUCAGCUGCAGCUGGGACCUGGUGCAAGCAGGCCAGGAUCAGAAAGUUAAUAGAUGGGGUUAGAAAUGGGCUGCAGGUAGAGUGGCCAGAUGUAAAACAGGGCUUGGCUCCAGCAGCUUUAACACCUGUGCUGAAGAGGGAAUUUCAGCAGAUGCAGCUUGUCUGAGCUCCCCCUCCCCACACACCCUUGCAUUGCAUUGUUUUGUGGUGUUCUUCCAAAUUAUGGGAGGAGCUUCCGCAAGUUCCCUGUUGCAGAAAUUUAUGGUUGCAUGUGGAUGGCUGUGGGACUGGCAGCAUGAUAGCAGGGUCACUCCUGCCCUCAUGCAGUGUGGAUUGCAUGAAGAGGAGUAGAAUGGCUUUGUCUGUGGUAAACACAAGGCAUAGCAUGUCUAGUGUUUGGUGUUUUGCUCCUUCCUGUGGUAAAAGUUUGGGCUUCUGUGCUCCUAUCCAACCUGUUUACCUCAUUUUCAUUAGUGAAGAAACCCAAAUGAGGAAGUUUCCUUGCACGCUGCGGAAACUGGCGGUCUGCGAGCUAAUUUGGUUUCUGUGACUGCAGAGGCACCUUCUGAUGAGCUUAAUUCUGUAUUUCCCCCUGCCCUGCACCUGACUAGCGCAUACAGAAAAGCUGAUACAGCUCUUGCUCUCUCCUUCAUCCUGACAUAGGUUUGUAACAUAAACUAUUGUACAGCCCUAGGUCAGAGCUAUCAGUUUUCAAAUCACCAGCUCCUUAGUCAUCACGAUUAUGAAGGCAGAUUUCGUGUUGAUGUUGGUCUAAGCAGUUCUCUUGCAGAUUAAUUCUAAGCAACUUCUGUGGGCUGAAGUCCUUCAAGAAUAAUUAACCAAAAGGACAUUACGAAUCAUUAUGUUUUAUAUCUUUUUCAUUACAGGUUUUCUUGGGAUACUAUUGUCACUAAAUGGUGGUUCAUUGCAAAUGGAUCUGAUUUCUGCUGACUUCACAACCUAUUAUCUAGUGACAGGUGUGCUACCUAAAUCGCUGAAUAGAUCACUUUGGAAUUUGUUCUUUGUAUAGUAUUUCAGCCAAACCUGCAUGCAGGCUUCGUUCUUCACCACUGUCAUCAACCCCAGCAGUACUCUUUAUUUUAAAGUGUGUCUUUCUGACACUGCAGUAUUUAUUACUAAAUGCCAAAAUGAUCCAUUCAGCAGUUAUGCCCCCCCACUGUAUUAAUAUAAUUAAUGUCUAGAUUAGAAAUCUGUAAAUGUAAUUUAAUGCAUGAAAGCAUUUUUAUGAUAUUCUAAGCUUUUGUACCAACAUACCGCUGCCAAAGAAAGCAUAGGCAUCCGUGUUGGUCCAUAGUGGUGUGUUGGGGGAAAAUCCACUGUAAAGCAGUUCCUUUAUCACAACCAACCCAGAAUGUGUCAAAAUUUUGAGAAAGCUGGAGAACCUGGAAAUUUCCUUGCUACUUUGUGGCAUUUCAGUUGCCUGUGGGGUUGGGAUAUUACUUUUUAAGGAAUGUUGCCAAAUUCACCUUAGCAAUGUGUGAUGGGACCAUUUGAGCAAAUGUAUGUAUCUGGAUUUAAAUCUCAGCUGAGUUCCCAUUAGUCAGAACAGAGCAUCAAACUGCAUGCUGUGCUCCCACUGUUAGUACAAGGGAACACCUUGUUUCCUUGCUCUGGGCUAGCACCACCCCCUGCUAUUCCUUUCAGGUCCUGUCCCCCCCCCCCAUACAUGUUUGCUAACAGAGGUGGCCCAAGACAUUUUGGCAUGUUUAGCAGAACAUCCCCCGUGAUCGUAAAAAUAGAAUUUGCUUUCCUUCGGUAGUAGCUCUGAACCUGCCACCUGAACUGAGCUUCUUGUUUGCGUUGCCCAAUGGCAGGGCCGGUUCUGAUUAGAAGCAAAAACCAUCCAUCAAAACUGAUCUGCACUAGAUAGAUUCAGAGCCAACCAAAAUGUUUAUUGUCUUCGCUUACUAUUAUUGCUACCAGAAUGGAUGUCUCUCUGACAGAUGGCCGUGUAGGGGAAGGAUUCUGUAGAAGCCAAUGGAGGCCAUUUCAUAGCAGGAAGGUCUUGUCAGUAAAAACAACAACCCCCCACCAAGGAGUUGUGUGGCACGUUAUCAACUAACAGAUUUAUUGUGGCAUGAACUUUUGUGGGUGCGUCCAUGUCAUCAGGUACAGGACUGGACAAAAGGAACUCUGUUCUGCAAAAGCUUGUUCCACAAUAAAACUUCUUAUUUUUAGUCUUUAAGGUGCCACAAGGCUCUUUGUAGGUCAUGGGACAACAGACUGUGUUCCCACAGCCAUUGCUAGUCCCUAUAUCUUGCUUUUAUUGAUUUAUUUUCACGCAUUUAGCCUGCCUUUCAGUCCCUUAAGAGCUGCCAUAAUGCCUAAUGAAUUACGCUACCAUAAAGGCACUCCCAAAAAGAAAAUGCCAAAAAUCGACAGAUUUACACUGCAAACUUAAAUCAGCUGCUAUUUUAACUGCUUUGGCUUAUCUCAGUGAAUCCUGGAAAUCAUAAUCCCAUGAGUAUACAGAUAAUUUCCUGUUAAGAGAUCUGCUGCCACCACCAUCUGCUGCCACCAAUAAAUAUAUAAUAAUCUCUAUUUCAGAAGUUAAGGCUUUGAGUGCUGUUGCAGGCAUGGAAAAUUCCCAAGGUUUGAAGAAAUACAAAAAAGGACAAAAAGUAUUAGAGGGGAAAUCCUCAGGAGGGACCCACCCCCCACAGCCCACUAAGCAUGCUCCAUGACUGUGGAAUGCUGACUGACUGUUGGAAGGGACUUUGAAAUGGAGUUGCUGAAAUCCUGAACAGCAGCACUUGCUUGAACACCUGAAGCCAAAUUCGUGGACUGGAGGAUGGGAUGAAGGCAGGAAUGUGCCUGUAAGCCCCAAUACCACACUCUGUGCUUGUGGGUCCUCCUCCUCAUUAUUUGACCUUCCCUAUGUUGUAGUGGUCCCAUCACCUCCUGGCAAAUAGAAGGGGAAGAAAUGGAGGUAGUGAGAGAUUUUACUUACUUGGGCUCCAUGAUCACUGCAGUUGGUGACAGCAGCCAUGAAAUUAAAAGACGCCUGAUUCUUGGGAGAAAAGCAAUGACAAACCUAGACAGCAUCUUAAAAAGUAGAGACAUCACCCUGCUAACAAAGGUCUGUAUAGUUAAAGCCAUGGUGAGAGCUGGACCAUAAAGAAGGCUGAUCGCCGAAGAAUUGAUGCUUUUGAAUUAUGGUGCUGGAGGAGACUCUUGAGAGUCCCAUGGACUGCAAGAAGAUCAAACCUAUCCAUUCUGAAGGAAAUGAGCCCUGAGUGCUCACUGGAAGGACAGAUCCUGAAGCUGAGGCUCCAAUACUUUGGCCACCUCAUGAGAAGAGAAGACUCCCUGGAAAAGACCCUGAUGUUGGGAAAGAUGGAGGGCACAAGGAGAAGGGGACGACAGAGGAUGAGAUGGUUGGAUAGUGUUCUCGAAUCUACUAACAUAAGUUUGACCAAACUGCGGGAGGCAGUGGAAGACAGGCGUGCCUGGUGUGCUCUGGUCCAUGGGGUCACGAAGAGUCAGACACAACUAAACAACAACAACAACAAUGUUGUAGUGGGCUUGUACGAACCCUCCAUGCAAAUGGGGAUCCUGCUUUUUCAGGGUUGCCUGUGUGCAGGGUCCAAGCCUCCUGUAGUCUUUCCCCACUCAACAUGGGGGAAAGGUUGGCAAGUAGGCAGCAGAGUGCAAACUGGGAUGUUUAAGUCAGGGCUUGCACAGCCUUGCUCUCUAUCUAUGAAUUUUGCAUUUUCGUGUUCAGGCAAAGGGUGUGAACACAGCUUUUUGUUGUAGCCUCUGCUUGUAAGCCAGUUAAUCAAUGAUUAAAAUGUCUCCAUUUUGUGUGGCGGCUCAAGCCUACCUGGUGCACCAGUUUCAGAAAAGUAAGUAUGUUUACACGGAAGCAGUUCCAGGGUUGUUUUGACUAUACACGAUCUUGUCUUUACAUGCAAUCCCCGAAGUGUGCCCCAUACACAAGUUGUGAGUUACCUGUUAUGUGUAUUCCCACAAUGCUCUGGUCUCACAAUAAGGAAGGCUCAGAGGGAUGGUGUCUGGUGUCUAAGUCCUCUAACUCGUUGGUGCUUGAAUUUUCUUUAAUGAAGUUGUUCAUCUUAGGCUGUGGAGUCACUGCAGGUGACACCCAAGGAAGUGGAAGAUCAGUCAAGUUGCAGGGAACCGGGAGGAUGUGCAGGAUUAGUGCUUCUAGUGGUUGUCCUGCUGCUCUCAGAAAAACCUGUUUGUGGCCUGGAUUAUACGUUAUGUUUGGGACAAAGUGUGGAGUACUUUUAAAAUAUGACAAUAAAUCCUGAAAUUGGUUGCCAUAAAUGAGUAAAAGGAGAGUACUGUAAAGUUCAUGCCAAAGCUUUACUUAUGGUCGCGUUAUUAAUUACCAUUUCCUCACUCUCAUAGAGAACGGGUUUUUAUGUACUGUAUGCUGUUACUUUGCUACCUAGGUUUGCUUUCUUACCUUUCUACAUUUUUUUGGUUAGCGAAGAAGCCUCUUGAAAUGAGCAUUGGAAUGUAUAAUGAAAAGAGGAAUGGGGAAAGUGCAGACUUUGAAAAGCCUAGCAUUUGUUUGCUUAAAUGAAGAUCCAUGUUCGCUUUGCCUACUUGAUUAACUGCGGUACUAAUUACAACAUUGUAAUGGGAUGUUACAUUAGGAGCUUGCAAAUUGAUUCAAGUAUUUAGGUUUCUAUUUUGCCUUCUCCCUAUGAGCAAAAGGAAGCACACAGAACACCCAAUUAAACCUUUAAACAUGUGUUCAUAAACCCUACAUCAAUUUUUCUUCACUUCUUAAAUUCAGUAAUUGACUUUUCAGUGGACUGUUUUUAAAAUUUGAAGUUUGCUUCUCCCUUCCUCUCUCAGUUUGACAUUCCUUUUUCCACAAUUCCCUUUCUUUCCCCAGGUGAGGAAAGUCUCAAACUUAAUCCGUUCCGGAAAUCUGUUCCAAAAUCAAAGUGUUCCAAAACCAAGGCGCACUUUCCCAUAGAAAGUAAUGCAAAACGGAUUAAUCCGUUCCAGACUAUUAAAAACAACCCCUAAAACAGCAAUUUAACAUGAAUUUUACUAUCUUGUGAGACCAUUGAUCCAUAAAAUAAAAGCAAUAAACAGUACUAUAAAAUAAAUAAAACAAUAUUUUAGAUGAUAAAAAUUAAAAUUAAUUUUUUUUCUUACCUGCACUGAUGAUAGUCAUUGUUUGGAUGGGGGGCUUUUAUCCAUUUCCGUGGUCACACAAUCAAUCAAUCAGUAGCUGAACUGGGAUCCACACAGUCACAAAAACAAAUUAACUGAAAAAGCAUCAAAACAAAAAACGCAAAAUAAAUAGCAAAAACAAAAGCACCAAAUAUAAGCUCCAAAUGUUCCAAACCUCAGAACACUGCAAUCGGAAAUGGAUGGCUUGAAUUACAGUGGGGGGAUGCAAAUUAGCAGCACAACAGGAAACACUGGGACUCAAAACGGAGCACGUUCGGCUUCUGAAAAAAGGUUCGAAAACCGGAACAACUGGUUUUGCAGUGUUCUAAUUCCAAGUUGUUCGUGAACUAAGCUGUUCGAAAACCAAGAUACCACUGUAGUUCAUUUCAGGUCUGGUGUCUGUCACCUGAUACAUGACAGGACAUCCACUAUACAGUACUGUGUAUUCUUGCAGUUGCUGAGUCCUGUUUGAAAGCUGCAGGUAUGCUGAUCACCUGUUCAACCAGGAGUGGGGUUGGGAUGUUUUUGCCACCUCUUCUGAACAGCUAGGUGAUACUGCCUGUAUUCUAGCAGAGCUUUGCAUGUAGGGCUUUGCAUGUAGGAGACAAUGUCAGCACCAUUCUUUGUGUGGCUGGUUCUCCAUAAACAGAGUGUGUGAGAGCUCUCUUCUGUACACAAAUAUGCUGUUGGACUCCCCUCAGCCCCAGCUAGCAUGGCCCGGUGAUUAGGAAUGAUGGGACUUGUAGUCCUAACCCAAAUGGACCAUCACAGGUUCCCCAUCCUUGCAUUAAAUUCUCCUAUCUGCUUCUGUAAUUCUUUCCCAUGGAUACAGUGCAAUAGGCAACAAGUAUAUCUUUUUUUCUUUAAAAAAAAAAAAAAAGACUGUUACAUGCUUAGACACACAAAUAAAUAGUGGACAUGAUCCUGCCAAAGUUAAGCAUUUUUCAGUCCAAGCAAUUUCAGAGAGAAGGAAACAGUGUUUAAUUCUGUUUGCUUAAUUUUGGCUGGGUUUUACCCAAGAUUUUUUAAAUUUAUUUUUUAGGAAAGGUCUGUACCAAUGGUAGGAACCAAAUUAUUUCCUUGAAGGAUUUAAACAACAUUCAAGACAUGGGGCAGAAGACAUCUUUAAGUACAACUAAAUGAAGAAAACCUUUGAUUACUUUUGGAGUGUUUGAUCUUAUAAUCCGUACAGUAAAUGAAAAAGACAGAGUUUCAGUAAUGACAGGGUUUUCUCUCACAAGAAAACACUCACAACUAGUUUCAGGUCUAAGAGCCAAAAAUUUUUUAAAUAGCAAAGGAAUUUGUAAAACUACUGUGUGGGAUACACUAGAAUCUCAUGUUGCAGGAAAACCCCUUAAGUAUGUGCAAAUGAAUUUCUGCACAUUCAUUUCCUUGUCACCGUUGUUUCCUUUUAACCUGUGCCGUUGUUCAAUGUCAAACUUUAGGUUGGCAUGCUCUUUGGGGCAGAGAAAUAUUAUUUAAAGUUCCAUGGGCGCUGAUGGAGAAUAUACCUCAAUUAAGUAACAAUAGUAGUACUGGUGAUGACUUCAGUACUGCUUAAGAGCUGCCUUCAAGGUUUUUUUUUACCUUGUAGACUCCUGGUCUUGUUAGGAAUAUGCUGUGCCAAGUAUUAUUAAGUUGUUUCAGGCUCCUCUAUCUAUCUCUAUCAUCUGUCUCUCUUUAAGCCUAUGGAAUCUAAUAAAGAACUUUGUGAUUAUGGAAUCAAUGUUGUUAGGGACAAAAAAAACCAGGCAUUGAGAGUCUUCUCAAUGACUGAACCAGAGUUUGUUUGUUUGUUGGUUGGUUGGUUGGUUGGUUGGUUGGUUGGUUUAAUUAUUUGUUUUAUUAAGUUUAUAUACUUCCCUUCAUCCGAGGAACACAGAAAGGUUUGUGAAACACCUUGCUCUGUGAGAUCCAUUUAGCCCCUUCUCUUCCUAUUUUUAAAAGAUGUUUGAACAUUCCUGUUCUAGCAAGCAUUUCUUUUGUCAGGUGGAUAGAUUUUAUAUGGCAGAUCCUCCUUUUAGGAUCUUUAAAUCUGCCCAACCUUUCCCUGUUUUUAUGCUGCUUUAUUGAUUUUAUAGGAUUGUUUAGUUUUGAAUCAACAUCAGCCGCUGCAAGUGAUGCAAAUGCAUUGGGCAGGGCAGAUGUUUUCUACAUAAAUUACCCCUCCGAGAAAACUGGAUACUUUUUUUUAAAAAAAAAUAUUUUUAAACAACUUUUAAGGGUUAGUUAAUGGAGCGAGAUCUUCAGCUUUAAUUCAUUUUAAAUAGGGAAUCUUUUAAAUAUAUGGUUCUUGUAGAGAUGCUAUAUCUGUUUCUUAUUAUUCAUAAGGUUUAUACACUGCCUUUCCUCUUAAUGUGCUUGAAUCAUUGUGUGUGUUCUCUAUUUUAUUCUCAGCAGCCCCAAAAGGUAUGUGAUCCAAUGGCCCAAAGUCAUCCUGUGAGGCUUGCAGCUGAAUAGGGAUUUGAACUUGGUGCUCCCAAUCUUAGGCAAGCACAAUAAAUUCUACACCACUUCUGCUGAUUUCCCCCCACCCUACCACACCAAAUUUUGAGGUGUGCACAGGGUCACAUUGUUUAGGAAUAUAAUAAGCUACCUUAUACAGCAGGGGUGGGCAAGGUUUACCAGCAAUGGGCCUGAUCACUCCCAUAGAGAUCGUCCGUGGGCCGGACUGGCACAGUGCGGUGCUGGAAAUUACUUCUGCGCAUGCCCAAAUGCUGAAAAUCACAUCUGCGCAGAAGCAAUUUUCGGCAUCUGGACAUGCACAGAUGCGAUUUUCAGUAUCUGCGCAUGCGCACAUGCACUUUCCGGUGCCACUCGGCAAGUUCCUGCGCCGUGCUGUGCCGGUUUAGCGCAGCACAUGGGGGACUUGCUGAGCAGGCAGCUUGGUUUGGGGGCAGCUUGUAGGCCAGUAAAAUGGUCUUCGUGGGACGCAUCUGGUCCAUGGGCCACACAUUGCCGACCCCUGUUAUACAGAGUCAGACCCAUUGGUUGACCUAGUCCAGGCAUCCCCAACUUGCGGCCCUCCAGAUGUUUUGGCCUACAACUCCCAUGAUCCCUAGCUAACAGGUCCAGUGGUCAGGGAUGGUGGGAAUUGUAGUCCAAAACAUCUGGAGGGCCAAAGGGUGGGGAUGUCUGAGCUAGUCUGAUAUUGUCUAAACUGACUGGCAGCUCUUCUCCAGGGCUUCAGAUGGGACAAUCCAAGUUCGACCUGGAGAUGGGUAGUUCUAGAAGGCACAAUUUAAGGAGGAUGUUGACAAGCUGGAAAUGUGCAGAGGAGGGAAGCCAAGAUAAUCAAGGGUCUGUAAGCCAAGCCUUAUGAGGAACAGUUGAAGGAGCUGGGUAGGUUUAGCCUGGAAAGGAGGAGACUUCAAAUAUCUAAAUGGCUGUCCCAUGGAAGAUGGAGCAAACAUGUUUUCUCCUUCUCUGGAACAUAGGACUCAAACCAAUGGCUUCAAGUUACAAGAAAGGCGAUUUCAACCAAACAUCAGGAAGAACUUUCUUGGCAGUAAGAGCAGUUCAGCAGUGGAACAAACUCUCUUGGGAGGUUGUGGACUCUCCUUCAUUGGGGGUUUUUAAGCAGGGUUUGGAUGGCCGUCUGUCAUGGAUGCUUUAGCUGAGAUUUCUGCAUUGCAGGGGUUGGACUAGAUGACCCUUGAACUCUACAGUUGUAUGAUGCCAUGCCAGAGAUUGAACCUGAGGCCUUCCACAUGCAGAGAUGCUCUACCACUGAGCUGUACAUUCAACAGUAUACAUUUUUACAAUCAAUGUUAAAAAUUUGGUUCAUUCUCUGACUACCAUUCUAUUUCAAGUGUCCAGACUCAGCUGUUUAUGUAGUUAAAACAACCCCACUGUAAUUUGUAGUGAAAAGUGCCACUUACAUUUUAUGCCCACCUUCAGUAACUUCUUGGAGGGGGGAAUUCUCACAGCACCGCUUAAUGAAUAUUGCUCACAAACACAAAUGUUUUGCCCAUCCUAUAUCAAUUUAGCCUUGUUUAUUUCAGUCCCAGAUCUCCUGGAAGUUUUCUCUUUUUCUUGAGGUAGUGAUCUUUGUCGUCUAGGUUCUUUGUUCUUGUUUGAUUUUUUUUCAAGAAAAUAUGAGUUGUUGUUGUUGCUGUUGGGUUGCCUCAGCCACUCUUGGUGGCUUUCAACAUAGAUAUUAAAGGUGAAGGGACCCCUGACUAUUAGUUCCAGUCGUGACUGACUCUGGGGUUGCGGCGCUCAUCUUGCUUUAUUGGCCGAGGGAGCCGGCAUACAGCUCAUGUGGCCAGCAUGACUAAGCCGUUUCUGGCGAACCAGAGCAGCGCACGGAAACACUGUUUACCUUCCCGCUGGAGCAAUACCUAUUUAUCUACUUGCACUUUGACGUGCUUUCAAACUGCUAGGUUGGCAGGAGCAGGGACGGAGCAACGGGAGCUCACACCGUCGCAGGGAUUCGAACCGCCGACCUUCUGAUCGGCAAGUCCUAGGCUCUGUGCUUUAACCCACAGCACCACCCACGUCCCUCCAACAUAUAUAAAAACAUAAUAAAACAUCAAAUGUUAAAAACUUCCUGUUACAAGGCUGCCUGCAGAUGUUUUCUGAAUGUUGUAUAGUUUAUCUCCUUGACAUCUGAUGAGAGGGCUUUCCACAGGGAGGGCUCCACUUACGAGCUAUAAUUCAAAUAAUUAUAGCUGUAUUUUAAAACAAAAUACAGGGUUUUUUAUGAGCAAAAGCUUAAUAUGUGGCUUGGUAAUAGAAACAUUGCCACAGACAUCAAUAACCAGAUUGUAAUUAUUUACAGAGAAACAGAACUUCUUCAAAUAGAGUAGGUCAAUAAGAAAUUUCCAUCACUUUGUGUUCUUCAGACGUGCCUUUAUUUAAAACAAAGUUAUCAGAGACUAUGUUGUCUGAUAACAACCUCUUACCUCACUUCAUUUCUCUGGAAAUUGGGCAAGAGAUGGUGGUGCUUGCUUUAUAUUUACACAAUACUAGGAAUCAGUCUGAGAUGGUUGAAAGCAAAAAAGAACACAUAAUUAGCGGGUCUUGUUUCAGUCAUUUCUUCUUGGGAUAAGGAAAUGCAAACAAUGGAAAGCUUUGGUGGUUUGUAAAGUUGCCACUGGCGUGACUACCUGGGGCAAGUAAGAACGAUCUAUGUUAGAUUUCUCUCUAUAUAUAAAUUCAUAAAAAUCUGCCACAAAUGAUUAACACAGGUUUUCUUAGGCAGGUGUGUGCAGCGGAAAUGUGAUCUCAUAUGUGGGUUUGUUUGUGAGGCUGUUAUAUUUUUACAGCAAGCCCAUAGUGAUCUCAGGUGGGGUUCUCAGAGGACACCUGGGUUGGUCUUUGUUUUCUUCUUCUUCCAAGGCCCUCUCUUGGCUUCCAGAAUUUCAAGAGUGACACUUGGGAAUUUUGUUCUAGUGUGACAACUGGCAGUUGGUAACUGGACAUUCAUUGUUGGAUCAGUUGCAAAUCCAUAAAAGGGCAUCCUCUUUUGUAUCACGACAGAACUUCUUUUUUUUUUCCCCUUCCCCCUCUUUCGCUUCUGAAUCUUCGACUAAACGGCCUUGUCAAAGGGCUUAAUUGAAAAGUCCAAGCACACAGUAUCAACCCUGAUCUCCCUUAUGCAAGAUAAACAGGAGAAUAGCCUCAUUCCUGGUUCCAGUGUAAGUGGAAAAGGAGCUUAAAUUAGAUUUAAAAUGAACUAUGUACUGAAUACAAGUUUUCAAUCUGCUGUGGCAAGCAACUAUAAAUUACUCACCAGUAAGUCCAAUGAUGGAGCUUUUCAGCCCUCUCCUGCCCCCCCUCCACUCUGCGCAAAUAGACCUAUUUCUGAACAGCAAGGAAUUGUCUGGAGCCAGAGACGUUGGGUCUCUUACGAUCGAAACCAACCUAUAAGAUUUGGGCUUGUUUCUCUUCCAUUUGUAAAAGCAGGAUAAUUCGUUAAUGAGAACAAAAUGAAAGCCUGAUGAAACAUGACACAAAUGCUUCUUUUCACUGAAGUGUAAAAGGAAAGUGAGAAGAAAUUAAGUACUGAAAUAGUAAGUUCCCUUGACAGACAGAGCAGCUUUAAACUGCUUGUCUCGUCACACCCUUUCGCAGAUCAUAGCAUGGAACCAACAUGAGUAUGAUUACUGGGACUGGAAGCCUGACAUUCUCUAAAUAGGUGGCAUUACAUUUUGCCUUCAAAUCAAUAGCAGCAACAACAAAAGUGAUGGUAGCAACAAUACAAUUUUACUGGAGCCAGAGUUCCAGGAAGCCAUGAUAAAAUUUCACAUUUUAUUAUACUGCAUUAUCUGGGUCCCUUUCAAGCUACUGUUAAAAGCAAUCAACAAUCAGUUCUUCAUUCCUCUGAGACAGGCACUUGAUAAAAGGGAAAUUUCUACACAUAUCCUUUCAUGAACUUCCUUGUAGUGGAGUUUGAGGCAGGCCUACAAUCCACAAACUGUUGCCUCUUUCAUGUAAUAUGGACCAGAUGAUAUUGUUGAAUCCAUUGUGUAUCCAAAAUAUGACUAACUUCAUUUAGUUUUGGAGAAAGUUGAUCUGACUUUCGUAAACCCAUUCACUUGAAAGAUGGUACUUGCUUGUAUUCUCAUUUGUGUAUCUUUCGUACAUCACAGCUAAUGCUGCUGAAAUGAGUGGUGGCAAUCCAGCGCCACAGAAUCGUGGCUCAAGGCUACGGUUGUCAUAUGCAAGUUGUUUUAGAGAGUGUUAGAUCAACUAAGCUCUUUUUAUACAAAUUGGGUUGUAGAAGAUGAUACGGCUGAAUUAGGUAUAGCUGUGGUGAGGAUUGUCUGUCUGUAUCCAGUUGUACCCUUGGCAUAUGCCCUUGCUCAUUCUGUCUGGUGACUCAGCUGGUGAGAGGCACUUGUUGUGCUUCCCAGCAUGCUAGAAAUUUUCAUCUGAAAAUAAGACAUCACACGGCACAGAGUCAAAUGUGCAUGGUUCAUGUGAUGAAAAUUCAGACAGCCCUAUCAUCUAUCAUGGGUUAUAACCAACCGAACUAGAUUAAGGCUAGACCCAUUGAAAUUAAUGUACCAAACUAGUUGUGCCCAUUAUUUUCAAUAGGUUUACUCUGAGUAGAACUAACACUGGACACCGGUUGAUUUUAGUGGUUUUGGAUUGUACCCAGAGUCCAAAAGUGUCUCUCAAUUAUAAGUGGCAACAUCAGAAUUAAGAAAAAGGCUUUUAAAAACCAAGAAUGCAGUGCUCAAAUGAUUUUAUAAGUAAAUGAGACAGAACAUGCUGCCUGGUACUUCUUGUCACAUCACCUGAAGUGCUACUUCACACUCACAGAUUCAUGAUCUGCCAUGAUCAUGUAAACUGUGCAAGUAGCAUGCAAGUUAUAACAGACUGAGCAAUUGGGGUGUCUUUUUCAUUCAUGAGACAUUUUCAAGGCUCUUGCUUAUUCUGAAGAUGUUGUUGAAAUGUUGAUUCUUGCUCAGUAGAAUCACAGAGCUAGCGGGUGUCCUGGCAACCUCUGGGAUCAACUCUGUCUCCUCAGGCACCAGUAUUUUAUGCCUAAACCAUGCCAGUGGGUGCCUGUUGAUUCUUGUCUUGGAAGCCUCCAUGGAAAGGGAAUCCAUAACCUAAGGAGCUUGUUUCAUUCCUUAGGUGUUCUCCAUUUCCAGCACUGGCUGCAAGCCAGAUGGCCCUGGUAGCUUCAUAAGCAGGGCCUGAUAGAAACACCCAGCCCCAGUUAUUUGUUCUGAGCAUCUGAUAAUCAGAGCAGAAUUGUCUCCGAACACAAAAGCUUCAUUUUCAGUUGUUUUGGCUAAGAACCCUUAACCGACGUGACUUCCAUGAGCAUAUCUAGUCAUCUAAAAGCUGGCUAAGCCAAGGGCCAUCGGUCUAUCUUGUACUAAUGAAUCCCUUUAAUUACUUGUGUGUUUUGUAAAUAAUACUGCUCAUCAGAUUUGCUGGAUGAUCCCAAGCUCAGGUCAUGGCAUCUAUAGGCAGGACUGCAAGAAGAGUCCAUCUGAAACCCUAGAGAGCCUCUGCAAGUCAGUGUAGACAACACUAAACUAGAUGGACCAAUGGUUUGAAUCUGUAUAAGGCAGCUUCUUACCUAACCUCUUAAGAUUUGCUUUAUAGCAGGGGUCAGCAAACCUUUUCCGCAGGGGGCUGGUCCACUGUCCCUCAGACCUUGUGGGGGGCCGAAAUAUAUAUUUUUUUUUUUGGUGUGUGUGUGGGGGGGGGAGAACAAAUUAUUAUGCCCUACAAAUAACCCAGAGACGCAUUUUAAAUAAAAUGACACAUUCUACUCAUGUAAAAACACGCUGAUUCCUGAACUGUCCGUGGGCCGGAUUUAGAAGGCGAUUGGGCUGAAUCUGGCCCCCAGGCCUUAGUCUGCCUACCCAUACUUUAUAGGGAAACUUCCCCAAACCCAUUGGUCUUCGUUAUCCUGUACCUUUUCUAGUUCCACAAUAUCUUUUUUUGAGUCUGGGUGACCAACCACAUCCAAAGUAAAUGUACUCUAUUUUUUUUUAAAUGAUAUUUAUUGGAAUUUUUUUUUUUAAGUUAAAAAGAAAACAAAGUAGAAGAAGAAGAAAGAAAGAACAAAGAAAAAAACAAACCACAUCCAACAAUACAAAUAAAAAAAAAAAUACACCACAAACAUUUAAAAACAAAUCCAUUAUUCUCAAAUCCUCAACUGUCAUUACCUUCUUUCUUUGACCUCCUCCUCCUCCCUUUUUUUGUAUCCUAGUUGGUAAUUGUCGCAGCAAAUCCUUUCCAUAUUUCAUAAUAUUCUGUCAUUACAUUACCUUAAACUAUUUUAAUCUUAUCUUACUAUAAAAAACCUUGAAACUUAAAACUUAAAUCUUAUUUUUACCAACUUCUCAUAACCAUAAUUGUCAGGGCUGCCUCAAGUCUCAGCUCACAAAAGACCAAAGCCUAUGUCUUCUUAUAUACAAAAGUGUUUAUUGCAGUUCAUUGUUUGCUUGACAUCCUAGGCGCGCAGCCCUACGUCUGCUACGCUUAGACCGCUGAAGUCCCCUCUGAAUCCGUCCCUCCCCUGCACCAAUUUAAGAGGCUUGCGCUGCUCCACCUCUUUCUCUCUUUCCUUUCCGCAGGGUCCUUCUGCCCGCUGGGGUUUCGCUCCUCCUGGAUUCCUCUGACGCGGAAUCAGACUGCUCUUCCCCCCCUCCUGCGGGCUUUGGGACCUGGCCCCUCCUCCGGGCUCCCUGUACUUCCGCGCGCCUCUACAUUUGAACUUGGCGCGCGCGCCAAACCUCUAACUUUCCUUUUGACAGUUUUUUUUAGUUUUUAUUAAAUAUUUUAUUAAGGAUUUUCUUGUUUUACAGAAGUAAGUGUACUGCCUCGUAUAUAUAGUUUUUUCAUGUAACAUUUUUACAAAUCCAUUUCAUUUGUUGAGGCAUUAGGGGGGAGAAGAAAAAAAAAAGGAAGAAUGAUGGGGGGGUGGAGAGAGGGAAGAUGGAUGGGGGUGGGGUCGGGUGGCGGUGUUUCUAUUAUGUUUAAUGUAUGUAGAGUUUGGUGUCAGCGUUGCUUGUGUUGUUCACUUGUGUUCCUUUGGUGGUGAGAGAGGUUGGGGUUGGCCUAGGGUGUGAUUGUCUGCUUGUGAUUGGCUGUGGUGAUCUUUGUUUUCGUGUGUGAGUGAGGUGGGUGGGUGUUUUGGAUCAGGUUAGCCAUAUUGAUUUGUAUGCUGUUGGUGGAUUAUUGUCAUUGUCCUGUUGGGCUGUGUAUGUGAUAAAGGGGAGCCAUACCAGGGUGAAGACGUCUUCUUCUGUUUGUCCCCGUGUCAGUUUCAGUUUAUUAGUUAAUUUUUCUAGUAGGGCUGUUUCCCAUACUAUUUGGUACCAUUGGUCCAUGUUUACUCCUGACAGGUCUCUCCAGUGUCUGGUUAUGGUGUUUCUGGCUGCUGAAAGUAGGUGGGUUAUGAGUUCUUUGUGGUGUAAAUGGGCAUUGUUGUCUUGGAAGAUGUUUAGUAGGGCCAAUUCUGGGGUGAUGUCUAUUACUUGCUUAGUUAUUUUACAUAUUUCUUGUAUGGCUGUUGUCCAGAAUAGUUGGAUUUUGGGACACUCCCACCACAUGUGGAGGUAUGUGCCUGUGGAGGUGCACCCUCUCCAGCAUUUUGGUGAGGUUCCUGGGUGUAUUAGCGCUAGUUUCCUUGGUGUUAGGUACCACCUGUAGGUGAGUUUCAGUGUGAGUUCUUUUCUUUUCGUUGAUAUGGAUUUAAAGGGGGGUUUAGACCACAUUCUGGUCCAUUGAGUGGGGUUAAUCUCAUAGCCUAUGUCAUUCUCCCAUUGUUUUUUGAUUGCAUCUAGGGGAUUUGCGGGAUUUUGGAGUAGUAUUUUGUAUAUUGCGGAUACCGUCCCUUUACCGUUUCCUUUUGUUGUUAGGAGGAGGUUUUCGAAGGUUGUCAGGGGCCUAGUUGCUGCUGAUUUUACUGUUGGGUUGUUUAAGAGGGCAUGUAGUUGGUGUUGUGUUAACCAGGGCAUUUGGGUGUCUUCUAGUUUGUCUUGUAUUUCUUGUGUUGACAAGGGUUUGUUAUUUUUAUAAAAGUCUAUUAGGCGAUAUAAGCCUUUGGUUUGCCAGGUUUUUAUCUGGAGGUUUUGUGCUGCAUGGUGGAAUAAUGGGUGGUACGCCAGGGGGAUUAGUGGGGAUGGGGUUGGGGAUAGUUUGCCUAUUUGUGUUUUCCAUGCUUUGAGCAUGGUCUGUGUGUACCUGUUAAGUGUUGUGGGAAUUUUCUUUAGUUUGUUUGGGAGGAAUGGGUAUGUUGUGGUGCAGGUAUUUUCAAUUGUGUCCCUCUCUAGGUGUACCCAUUGUUUUGUCUCAUCUUCUAGUAUAUAUGGGAUUAUAUGGCGUAUUUGGUUGGCAUUGUAAUAUGCUUCUAUGUUGGGAUUCCCCAUCCUCCUUCUGAGGUGGGGAGGUGCAGGUAUUUGAGGCUUAUUCUUGGUUUUUUAUGUGAGAAGAUGAAAGAGUGUAGUUUUCUCUGCCAACUGCGAAGUUGGGUUGAGGGGAUCCAGAUUGGGAGGGUUUGGAAUAGGUAGGUUAGUUUUGGGAGUGUGAUCAUUUUGAUCAUGGCUAUUUUGUCUGAGAGAGUGAAAUUCAUGUUAUUCCAUCUCUUUAGGUCUUUGUUAAUUUGUCGCCACAGGGGCUUGUAGUUGUGGAGGUACAAUUUAUUGAGGUUUCUGGUUAUUUGUACCCCUAGGUAUCUGAACUUGGUGUGGCAAAGUUUUAUUUUGGUGACCUUCGUGAGUUCUUUUUGGGUGUGAGGAGGGGUGUUGAAGCACAUAGCUUCUGACUUUGUAAAAUUUACCUGUAGGCCCGACACCAUUGCAAAUGUGUUGAGUUCUCUGAUUAGGGAGGUUGCUGUGCUUAUGGGGUCUGGUGUUGUGACCAUUAGGUCAUCUGCAAAGAGCCCUAAUUUAUAGGUUCUGCCUUUUAUUUCCACCCCUUGAUGUCUGUGGCUGCUCGGAUGCUGAUUGCUAAGGGUUCCAGAGCCAGGAUAAAUAAGAAGGGAGACAGUGGGCAUCCUUGUUUCGUGCCUCUUUGGAUAGCUAUAGUAUUAGAAUCCAUAUUGUUAGUUCUGCAUUUUGCUGAGGCUUGGGAGUAUAUUUGUUUGAGAAUUUGUAGGAAGUUGGGGCCAAAUUUCAUGUUAGUUAGUACUGCUAAUAUGUAUUUCCACUCUAAGCAAUCAAAGGCUUUGAGGAUGUCUAGGGACAUAAUUGUCAAUGGGAGUUUGGUUGCCUUGCUGUGUUCGAUCAGGUUCAGUAGUUUCCUGAUGGGGUCUGUUAUAUUGCGGCCAGGGACAAAGCCAGUCUGGUCUGGGGCUACUAACUUGUGUAGGAAGGUUUUUAGGCGGUUGGCCAAGAUUGAUGUGAAUAUCUUGUAGUCUUGGUUUAUUAAUGAGAUUGGGCGGUAUGAUUCUACUUUGAGGCUGUCUUUUAGUGGUUUUGGGAUGGAGACUAUUUUGGAGUGGGUCCAGGUUUUGGGGAUGGGGCCCCUUUUAUGAUGUCGUUGAAUAGGCGGGUCAUGUAGGGCAUCAAGGGUUCUUUGAAUUUCCUAUAGAAUUCUGCUGUGAAGCCGUCUGGGCCUGGGGCUUUGUGUGGUUUCAGGUUUUUGAGGACCGCAUCUAUUUCCUCUGGGGUGAUAGGGCUGUCCAUGAAUUCCUGUUCCUCAUCAGUUAGGGUAGGCAUGGACAGUCCUGCUAGAAAUUUUUUGAUUUCCUUCUCUGGUGGGUUAUGGGAGGUGUAUAGGUUGGAGUAGAAUUCUGCAAAUUCUGAGUUUAUUUCUUCGGGGGAGAAUGUUAUGUUGCCGUCUUUUUUGGUGAUGCAGUGUAUUCUUGUUUUGAGUGCUUUUUUCCUGCAUCUAUUUGCUAGUAAUCUGGAGUUUUCCCUCCAUAUUCGUAGAAACGUUGUUUAGAGUAUAGAAUGUUGAUCAUUGUUUUGUUAAUUUCUAGGGAGUCUAGUUCUCUCCUUUUUUGUUCCAUAAGUUUGAGGAGUUUUUUAGAUCCUGUUUGUUUGUAGCGUGAUGAGAGGGCUGUGAUGUCUUGUUCUAUUUUGCUAAUUUUUGAGGAGGUUUGUUUUUUAAGGAAUGUUUUCUCUUUAUGCAAGCUCCUCUGGUGACCGCUUUCAUUGCGUCCCAUAGGAGGGGGGUUGUUAUAUUGUUUACAUCGUUUUCCUUGAAGUAGUUUUGGAGGGUUUUUGUGAGACUCUCUCUAAUUUGUUUGUUUGUAGUUAGGAUGGGACUGAAGGACCAUGAUGGGGUGGUUUGUGUUCCUUCUCCUAUUUUAACGAUGACUUCUACUGGGGCGUGAUCUGUGAUUUUAAUGUUACCUAUGUUUGUUGAUUCCACUGAGGGGAUCAGACCCUGUGUGAGUAGAAUGCUGUCCAGUCUGGAUACUGUAUCAUGGCGUCCCGAUUGGAAUGUAUGGCUGAUGUCUCCCGGGUUUUGCUCACCCCAAAUGUCGUAGAGACCCCUGCUUUUUAGCAUUUUUAGUAACUUGUAAGGGUUCCUAGUUGUUGGGGGUUUCCUUCGGAGGAAGGUUGCCCAUGGGGUUGUAGGGUGGAUAUCUUUCAGGGCUAUGCCUUUCAUAUUUAGAUUGAGGUCCCCUCCUAGGAUUGCUCCCCUUCAGAGAAGGAGAGGAAUUUGUUUAGUGUCUUCUGGAAGAAUUCUAAUUGUUUCGUGUUUGGGGCAUAUAUGGAGCCAAUUGUCAGUUUGAUUUUGCCAUCUAGUGUCCCUUUAGCGAAAAUGAAUCUGCCUUUUUGUCCUUGAGGACUGUUGUGGCAGUGAAGUUCAGGUCUCUACUGAGUAUUAUGGCUACACCACGAGCUUUCCUGAGCCUCGUGCGACCCACUGUUGACUGAAGCGGGGGUCGCUCAGGAGUUUGCUGCCUUUGGGUGGGUUGUGUAUUUCUUGUAGGAAGGUGAUGUGUGGUUUCAUGGUGUUUAUGUAUGAGGUGAUGCGUUUUCUUUUGAUGGGGUUUCCCAGCCCCUCACGUUUAAUGUAAUUGCUUUUAGGUUAGCCAUCUUGCUUAUCUAUUAUGUGGGCGUAUUCCCUGCCAACCCGGUUGGGUUGUCUUGUAUCUCUCUCUUCGUGUUGUUUAAAGUACCAGUGGGGUUGCGCUGACCUAGGGUGUGGCGGGUGGGGGGCUAAUGGGAUUAGAGUAAGAUUUGGGUUAAAGAGUAGGGGGUAAGUUGUAGAGAGUUUCCUAUAUGUAGUCAUAUAGGUGUUUGUUUGGGGUAUUUUAGGCCAUCUGGCAUUUAGCCGGUUGGUCCUAGGUCUCAGCUGGUGUGGAAGGCCGUGUUCAAGGACAGGCCAUCCCCCCUGUUGUUUGCGAUGGGGGUAUCAGUGAGACAGUGUGAAGUGACUUUGUAACGUCGCUGUCAGGUAUAAGGUUCGUAAGCAAUGUUGCCAAUGUUAUGAGCAACAUUGUUGGUGUGUUGGGGUGGGGAUGUGGGUGCUGGUACGCUCUGGUGCCACCAUAGUGCUGGUUGGGUAUCAGAUUUUAGCCUGACUGUGGGUUGUGUUAUUAAGGUUGGAGUUGUUUUUUCUUAGUAUGGGGUAUGGGGAUGUUGAAGGUGUGGGUGAUGUGGAAUGUGGUUGAGGUCGUCUGGACUGGUGUUGGGGCGGGGAUUUCUGUGGGGGUGCGGGGCUGGGGGAGGAUGUUGAUGGUGUUAACGAAAUCUAUGGUUUUGGGGGAGAGAGGGGGUAAGGGGGGAAUCACCAGUCCUUCAGUUUGUGGUUUUUUCCUGGUUGCUUCAUUCAGCUGGGGUUGUUGUUGUUGUAGGGUUGUCCAUCUGCGAUGAGUUGGUUUGGUUAAUCUUGGUCUGGUUUCUUGUGUCAUAUGGCCGGCGGGACGAUUCUGAGCGUGAUGCUUCUCUGUAUUGGUUUGCACUGUUGUGCCGCUUCUGUUUCUUUUUCUUCUGUACCGUCGUCCAGUUGUUUGCUGUUGUUUCCUCAUGGUUGGGGCUGUCACUUGGUGGGUUUGUCGGUUGCCAUUCCGGUGGGAGGUCGAGUUCAAGGUUCUUUAGUAGUUGCAGGGCCUCAGGUAUGUUGGUAGCCAUGUGUUGUGUUGUAUUGGUUGUUACAAUGAGGCGGAAGGGGAAGCCCCAUCGGUAUUUGAUCCCUGCUUGUUGGAGACGCUGGGUGCAUGGGCGCAAGCUUUUCCUUCGGUUUAGGGUAUCCUGAGAUAAGUCCUGUAAGGCCAGUAUGGGGAUUUCUCCAUAUCGAAGGUUGGUUGAGUUUCUGAGGUGGUACCAUACCUCUUCCUUCUUUUUGUAGCGUGUGAAGCAUACAAUGAUGUCUCUUGGGGGGGCGCUGGGUUUUGGCAUAGGUUUUAGGGCUCUGUGAGCCCUCUCCAAGUCAUCUGCCUCAAGUUUCAGGCUUGGGAUUGUGUUUUUCAGCCAGCGUAUAAUUAGGUCUGCUGGGCUUUUCUCCUCUGUUUUUUCAGGAAAGUUGCGGAAGCGGAUGUUACAACGUCUAUUGCGGUCUUCAAGGUCGGCUUGCUUAAUUUUCAUCUCUCUGUGUUCUGCUUCAAUUUGGUUUACCAGUUCGUCCAGUUUCUUGUUCACACGUGCGUUCUCCUCCCGGUAUUGCUCUAUUAUUCUUUCUUGCAUUUGGUUCUUGUUCUCUAGAGCUUCCACUUUGGAGGUUAGGUUGUUGAUUAGUACCUGCAUGGGAGCCAUUGUGGCCUUCAGUGUUUCUUCUAAUCGUGCUUCUAAUCUUGCUUCCAUUUCCUCAAAUCUCGUUUCGUUAUUGGGUGGUCAUCAUCUUGAAGGGGAGUUACCGUCUUAGCAUUGUUUGUCAUCUCCCUGGUUGGUGUCAUCUCAGUCUCCCUGAUGGUUUUGGUUUGAGGUUGGCUUGGCGUCCUCUUGGAGUAGGGCGUGUGGUGGUUAGGAGUUGUGGCAGUGGUGAUUCCUGGGUAUUGUUGGGUUGCUGAGCUGAUCAGGCGUUCUUUCUUGGUGGCUUAAACAGAGCGUUUGAAUUAGGUGGUCAUUUGUGUCACUUCUAGCCUGUGUUUUGAGAACUCUCUAGGGUUUCUGUAGUUGCCUCAGCGGUGCCGCCAAAGCGGGGGGGGGGGGCAGGUAAGCAGAGAUGGGUAGACUAACGGGCAGACAGUUCAUAUAAAGGGGGGGGUUAGCAGGUAGAGAUGCAAAAGAUUAGAGGGGUGGGGCCAGGGGAAAUAUGUGUUUAGGAGGGGGUUGUAUAUACCCAAAAGGGGUACUGGGGUCCAGCUAAGGUGGGAGUUGGGGUUGGGAGUGCGCUCAGAAACAGAGACAGACAAAUAGGCUCUAUGUAAAGGGUGGAGGGAGAAAAAGGGAAGAAGAAGAAAGAAAGAAGAAGGGGGGAGGUGGGGGGGAGGGGAGAUUGGAGUAAAAGAGAAGAGAGAGAGAGAGAGACAAAAAGAGAGUUGAAAUAGAGAGGAGAGAUAGUACAGUAAUAUCAGCGGUAUUAGAUUGCAGCAGUAGUUUUAGCUAUAGUAUGAGGGGGGCAAAGUAUGAUAUGGUGAUAUGGAUGUGUGUGUGUGUUUCCUUUAGGGGAAGGGGGGAUGGAGAGAGGGAGGAGGGAGAGAAAAGGAGAGGAGGAGGGGGAAGGGUGGGGAAAGGAAGGAGAAGAAAAGAGGGGUGAGGGAGGGAGGGUGAGCUGUGGCAAUGGUAUGGGGGAAAAGUCUUAUUUUAAAAGAGGGGGUGGGGAGAAAGGGCUCCCCUCAGAAACAAACUGACAAACAGGCUAAAAGGGGGGUUGAUUUUAAAAAUAAAGGGGAUAGAAAACAAUGUUGGGGAUGGAAGGGUGGGAUAAUAGGAAAAAUAAGGAAGGGUGGAGAGAGACGAGAGCAAAAAGGGGGUGAAGGGGUUAAAAAGAAAAGGAUUAACAAAACAAACAAACAAAAAACAAACAAACAAAAAAAAAAGAAGGAAAAAGAAGGGGGUAGUUUCUUCCUUUCUGCGAUCUCCUUUGUUAUGCGGCUUUCCUGUUUUCCUUGCCGCUGGAGCUCCGGUCGGCUCAGCCACGUGUUUUUUCGGAGCCUCUUUUGCCUUCCCUACCUCUCCUCUUCUUUCCCGUCGGCAGAGAUGGGGGCAGCAGCGGUAAAGUUGGGGCUCCUUUUGCUUUUUCUUCUUUUCUUCCUCUCUCCCCCUUUCUUUCUCCCUCUUGCGUUAGCUCCACUGUCCUCCUGGUUUUGGAGCUCCUCUCGGCUGUUGAGGGGUGGUCGGGUGCCUUUCCGGCUCAAUCAAGGUCGUGGGGGUGUUUUGGCUCCUUUGAUAGAGGCCCCGGGCACCCCGAUUCCUCUCCGCUGGCAGUGCUGGCGGCAGCAGUCCUGGGAGCCCGGGAGUCGGCCAGACAGAGCCUUUUACUCUGGCUGGCUUCAGGAGCUCUUUUCUGCUGUUGCAGCCGCCAUGCUGCCUUGCCGGAACUCUCCCUUUCCUUUUGACAGUUACACUACUCCCUUCACUGCUCCCCUCCCCUUCCGGGAGGGUGGCUUGCUCUGACCUCCCUCCCUUCUCUGCUGCCGGAGCUGCUUCCCCUGAUACACUGGAAACUCCACCCCCUUCGCUGCACUCUGGUGGGGAGGCUGGUCCUGACGCCCAGCUGCCACUUUGGGAUCCUCCGCUGGCCCCCUGCUCCUGACACGUCCCCCUGGGGCUCCCUGGCCUUGACCACCGGCGCCCCCUUCUGGGAAUCCUCUGAUUCGCUGGAAAGACUCAUGGAAUCUCUUGAGUCAUUGUCAUCCUCUUCCUCGCUGGCUUGGGAUUCAUCCCCAUCGCUCUCCAUCUCCUGCCUACCCUGUGCCUCUCUCCCUGAACCCCUGACAAUAAUAUUCUUACAUAAUUCUUUAAACAUUUUUACUAAAGCCAAGUAAUUUCAUUCCAACAUUUUUCUAACAUUCAUCAAUUUUAUAAAAUUGAUAGUAGAAAAAGAAAUAAAAACAAUCCAAUCUUCACCCAGCGUCCCUUCCUCCUGGUCCCGGGUUUUGUCAGUCCUUAUUAUCCCAUCGAUCUAGCGCAUUAACCUGGUAACCUUAUAUCCGAGGCCCUUAAGUCUCUUCCAUGUCCCUUCCGCAGCUCUUCUUCAUCUUUUUUUUUUAUAAGAUAUUUAUUAAAGUUUCAACAUAUUACAAAAAUAAGCGAAAAAAGAAAGAAAAAAAAGAAAAAACAAAUGAAAAAUGAAAAUACAAAAUAGAAACAGUUAAAAAAACAGAUUAGUCUUUCCAUGUCUUAUCUUUCAUUUACUUGUUUCCCCGACCUCCUCACACCUCCCUUUUUUGUAUUCCAGUUCAAUUAUUUUGUUCAGCAAAUCCCUCCCCUCUUUUAGUAUCCUAAUCAUUAAUCAUAAAAAUAUUGUAAUUUUAGAUUUUUACAUAUUACAUAGUAAACCCUUUUUUCAUCUUCCCUUGUAACCUUUCAGCUAAAGACCACUUAGUUUCUAUCCAACAUCAAUCUAACAUUCAUUAAUUUUACAAUAUUUCUGUAAAUAAUCUUUAAACUUUUUCCAAUCUUCCUCCAUUGACUCUUCUCCCUGGUCUCGGAUUCUGCCAGUCAUUUCCGCCAAUUCCAUAUAGUCCAUCACCUUCAUCUGCCAUUCUUCCAAGGUGGGUAAAUCUUGUGUUUUCCAAUACUUUGCAAUAAGAAUCCUUGCUGCUGUUGUGGCAUACAUAAAGAAAGUUCUGUCCCUCUUUGGCACCAAUUGGCCGACUCGCAGCUCUUCUUCAUCAAAGUAAAUGUACUCUAAGCCUUAGCUCAACUUUUCCCAACCUGCUGCUUUUCAUGUACUUUCAUGUACUACAAGUCCCAUCAUCCUCAACCAUUGACCAUGCUGACUGGGACUGGUGAGAGUCGUCAUUCAAAACUUCUGGAGGGUAACAAGUAGGCAAAGUCUCCAUUAGUGCACCAUAGCUUUACAAAGGAACAUUCAGAUAUGAAAUGGUGGUAGCUAAUGUACAGUGUGAUGAAAACUAAUAAAAUAAUCUCUGGAUCUUUCUAUUUAAAAGUUGGUGAACAGAGAUGAAAGGCCUGCAAUAGAGAAACCAAUAAUUUCUAAAGAGAGAGCGAGAUCGUUUAUCUAGUGAACAAGUUGUUCCCAUUAAAUCUUUCUAUGUUAAAAUUGCAUCAGUUUGUAAACAAUGAUAAAAGGACUGCACCAAGUCAGUAAAUGAUGCUUCUUUUCUUAGUAGAACUUUUCAUUUUGCCUCCACUUUAGACCAGGGGUCAUAAAGACGUAUGCCUCUUAGACUAUUCUCAUUAAGAGUUAAUUUCGCACUCUUAGGUAGGAAUCCUGGGAACUGGUAUUGAUUACUGAGAGUUCUUUGUUGCGAUUUCCUGGUUUCAGCUAACAUAGAUGCUACUAUACACAGCUAUUUUAAUCACAGCUCUCUUUUGGGAGAGGUCUGGUGUCUUAAUUCUCAGCAUAUUGCUUCUAGUAUGCUUUUGUCAAUACAACUAAUUUUCAAAUGUGGAUUUUAUUGCAUGUUAUGCUAGUAUGCCCUGUUGUUUUGUCUGUUUCUUUACUGCGUGGGGACAUGUUUCUUGCUAUAUGCUUUCCUUUUUAAAAUAUCAUUGAUGUCUGAUUUGUAUUGUGCAAUCUGUCAUUGUUGGUUUGCUUGAUUGUAUUAUAAAAUCUCAAUAAAGCAGCAAGGGACUUUAACCCCCCCUCCAAAAUCAUGAUAGUUAAUUUGCUAAGGUUAUUGGGCCCAGGAUACCAUAAGGAUCUCCUAAAUAACUUAUAAAUUUCUUUUAUGAAGUUUUUGCCCUCUUGGUUUCUGAGUUUUCCAGUACGUUUUGCCAUCUCGGCAUAGUCCAUCAGCUUGGUUUGCCAUUCCUCUCUGGUAGGGACUUUGUCUUCUUUCCAACUUUGGGCUAGUAACAUCCGGGUGGCUGUUGUUCCCUACAUGAAAAGUCUUUUCUGCUCCUUUGGAAUAUUGGUACCUGUAAUUCCUAAUAAAAAUGCUUCUGGUUUCUUAACAAAGGUUAUUUUAAACAUCCCCCCCCAUUUCAUUAUAUAUAAACUCCCAGAAAGCUUUUAUUACCUUACAAGUCCACCACAUAUGAUAAAAGGUACCUUCUUUUUCUUUACUUUUCCAGCAGAUAUUUGUACUUGUCCUAUACAUUUUUGUCAACUUAGUAGGAGUCAAAUACCACCAGUACAUCAUUUUCAUAUAGUUUUCUUUCAGUGUAUAACAUCCUGUAAAUUUCACGUCUGUUUUCCAUAACCUUUCCCAAUCUGCCAUCUGGAUAUUAUGUCCCAAAUAUUUUGCCCAGUAUAUCAUUAUCAACUUGACCUGUUCAUCUUUUGUGUGCUAUUCUAAGAGCAAACUGUACAUUUUCAAAAACAAUUUAGCAUUAUUUUCUAACAAAUCUUUUUGAAAUCUUGAUAUCUCACGACUAAAACCUUUCUUCUUAUCUGUCUUAAAAAUAACAUUUAGUUAGUGAAACUGUAACCUAUUAGUCGUCCCCUAUGUUAAAGAGGCCCACGGACCUCAACUAAAAGUCAUGCAUUUAGUAUAGCCUGCCCUAUGCUGUGGAACAGUACUCCACAAGAGAUUUGGCAGGCAUUCUCGCUUUUGACUUUCAGCCAUCUCUUGAAGAUCUUUUUAUGCUGACAGACCUUUGCAAACCUUUUAAAUUUUUAUUUCUGGGCGACUUCCAGUUGAGAGCGACCCCGUCGCAAGCAGGGAUUUUUCCGAGCGGAGAAUCCCGGGUUUUUCGGAGUAUUUAGGGGUGCCACAGGGCGCAGUGGCCCCCAGAAGUAGUGUCUGAAAGAUAAUGUUAGAAACAUAAUAAAUACUCUGGAAUAUCUGACCGCUAGUGUAAUGAGUAUGGGUUGCUCGUGCGUAAGUUGCCGCCUCUCCUGGCUAUGUUGCCUUGUUAAACCUUUCUGUCUGGACAGCCCUUCACUUCGUGGCUGCCUUAGUCGCUAGCAGAAUCCGUCAGUGGGCGUUUCUUAAACCUUUUCCAACAUAAAAGUUGUUUGACGCCAAGUCUCCUCCUACUCUCCCUGCGCGGAAGCCUUCUGCGCAGGAAGGGCGUGGGUAGCGGAGGACCAGUGCUCUCCCCGCUGGUGUCCGGUGAAGAGUCCUGGAGCCCUCUCGCCGAUUCCCCCAUCUGCCCCUCUUUAUUCCUGGUGUUGCGCUGAUUUGCUUCCCCAUCUGCUGAGCUGCCUCUCUCCCUACUGGGCCCUUCUCCAGCAUCAUUUGAGAGCCUUCCCUCCGCCUCUAGCUCCGAUGUCAGUUCCCUGACAGCUAGGAAUGAGAAACAAGCUAUAUUAAUGUUUGUAGAUGCGGAGAAGGCAUUUGAUAAUAUAUCAUGGGAAUUUAUGUUAAAAAAUUUAGAACUCAUGGAGGUGGGGAAUGAUUUUUAUAAUGGAAUAAGGGCGAUUUAUACAGAGCAAAGAGCUAAACUGAUUGUGAAUAAUGUAAUUACAGAAGAAGUGAAGAUACUGAAAGGUACAAGACAGGGAUGUCCUCUUUUGCCACUGCUAUUCAUAAUGGUUCUGGAAGUUCUUCUGAGUUCAAUCAGACGAAAUGAAUUAAUAAAAGGUCAAAACGAAUAUAAAGUUAAAGCCUUUGCCAAUGACCUGGUAAUAACGAUAGAAGAUCCCUUAAAAAGUUUAAAUGAGGUGUUAGAGGAGAUUGAACAAUUUGGCAAGGUGGCCGGGUUUAUAUUAAAUAAGAAAAAAACCAAAGUAAUGGUUAAGAAUAUGGACCAGAGUGUAAUAGAAGCAAUGCAACGAGAAACAGGGAUUGAAGUGGUGAAGAAGGUAAAAUAUUUGGGAAUAUGGUUAACUUCAAAAAAUAUUGAUUUAUUUCAAAACAAUUAUACACUGGUGUGGAAUGGAAUUAAAAAAGAUCUGGAGGUAUGGGGAAGGAUGAAACACUCUUUUUGGGGUAGAAUCUCAAUGAUUAAAAUGAGCGUGCUUCCAAAGAUGUUAUUCUUAUUUCAAAUGAUUCCUAUAAUCAAAGGGACAACGAUCUUUAAAGAGUGGCAAAGAGUAAUUUCAAGAUAUAUUUGGCAGGGUAAAAAGCCUAGAAUACAAUUUAAGUUAUUAACAGAUGUGAAGGAAAGAGGAGGCUUUGCCCUGCCAGACUUGAAAUUAUAUUACGAAGCGUCUUGUCUCUGUUGGUUGAAGCCAUGGAUAAAAUUAAAAAAUAACAAACUGUUAGACUUAGAAGGAUUUGAUAACAGAUUUGGAUGGCACGCGUAUUUAUGGUUGGAGAAGAAGAAAAGUCAUAAGGGUUUUGAGAAUCAUAUCUUCUGGAGAUCCUUAAUAGAAAUAUGGGAUAGGUAUAAAAAUGUAUUAGAACCUAAAGUCCCACACUGGUUGUCUCCAUUAGAGGUUAUGAGUGUAAAGAAAAUUAAUAUGAGAGGGAAUUGGAUUACUUACGGUGAUUUAAUAAUUAAAGAAGGGGGGAAAUGGGAAAUGAAGCCAUAUGAACAAGUAAAAGAACAUGUGUUUGAUUGGUUGCAUUAUUUCCAGGUAAAUGAAAUGUUUAAAAAGGAUUUUAAAGAGAGUGGAUAUACAGAAAAAGAAUCGAAAUUUCAAACAGAGAUAAUAAAUAAUGAUUAUAAGAUAAUAUCAAAAAUGUAUAAAAUGUUGUUGGAAUGGCAAACGAUGGAUGAGGAGGUAAAGUCUGUUAUGAUACAUUGGGCCAGAGACUUUGGUUAUAAUAUACAAUUGGUUGAUUGGGAAAAAGUAUGGAAUGAAAAUAUGAAAUUUACUGCAUGUACUGCGUUAAAGGAGAAUAUUAUGAAAAUGGUAUAUAGAUGGUAUAUUACACGGGUUAAGUUAGCAAAAAUGUUUAAAACAUGUAAUAAGUGUUGGAAAUGUAAAGAAAAAGAAGGAUCGUUUUUCCAUAUGUGGUGGGAAUGUAAGAAGGUAAAGGGUUUCUGGGAAAUGAUAUACAAUGAGUUGAAGAAGAUGUUUAAAUACGCAUUUGUAAAGAUACCAGAAGCCUUUUUGUUAGGAAUAAUAGGAAGAGAGAUAAAUAGAAGGGACCACAAACUUUUUCAAUACGCAGUAACAGCGGCAAGAAUAUUAAUGGCCCAAAAAUGGAAACAAGAGGAGUUACCAACCCUUGAAGAGUGGAGAAUGAAACUAAUGGACUAUGCAGAAUUGGACAAAUUGACUGGGAAGAUCAGAUAUCAGCGGGAUCACAAGUUCAUCGAGGACUGGGGAAGGUUCACAGAUUAUCUGAAAAGCAUAUGUGACGAACAGACAACGCUAGUGGGUUUUAAAGAGGCUUUGUGAAAGUUAAAGAUGUACUGUAAAAAAGAAAUAGAAUUGAAAGGAUAAUACUAAAUGGCAAUACUAAAUAUAGAGAAUGCGUAAAAAUGAAAAAUAUGGAUGAUUGGUGGAGAAGCUGGUGGAAGUCCAAAAAGUUGAAAUUUGUGAAUAAUGUUUGAGAUGGCGAAUUUGUAAAAGGAAAAAUUUAAUAAAAAUUAUUAUAAAAAAAUAAAUAAUUUUUUAUUUCUGAUUAGCCAGUUACUUGUAUUUUUAUUUUUUAAAUUGGUGUUUUAUGUCUUAACAUUGUACAUGAUGAUGUCAUAAUAUGACAUGAUAUGGCGGUAUAGAUUGAUUGAUUGAUUGGGUGGGUAUGCAGUGUCUAUCACUGGUCUUCAACUGGUGGGAUGGGACCCACUAGUGGUAGGGAACCACCUGUGGAUCACAGCCUGAUCUAAGGUGGAUCUCAGUGUAUACUACAUGGCUUGUGGAACAUGGACCACUUAUAAACACCAUCUCCAACUCCUCAAAAGAUUCCAUCAACGGUGUCUCCGAAAAAUGUUACACAUUACUUGGGAAGACAGGCAAACUAAUACCAGUGUACUGGAAGGAGCAAAGAUCACCAGUGUUGAAGCAAUGAUUCUUCAACAUCAGCUUCAUUGGACUGGUCAUGUUGUACGGACGCCUGAUGAUUGUCUUCCAAAGCAACUACUCUAUUCCAAACUUAAAAGUGGAAAGUGUAAUGCUGGUGGUCAACAAAAGAGGUUUAAAGACUGUCUCAAGACAAAUCUAAAAAAAAUGUAGUACAAACAUCAAGAAUUGGGAAACGCUUGCCUGCGAGUGCUCCAAUUGGUGAACAGCCUUUACCAAAGGUGUCAUGGACUUUGAAGACACUCGAACUCAGGACGCAAAGGAGAAAUGUGCUAAGAGGAAGGUACGCUUGGCAAAUCCACACCGUGAUCAACUCCUGCCCAGAAAUCAAUGUCCCCACUUUGGAAGGACAUGUGGAUCCAGAAUUGGCCUCCACAGUCACUUACGGACUCACUGUUAAAACUGUGUUAUGGAAGGCAAUCUUACUCGGCUAUGAGUGAUCGCCGAAGAAGAAGAAGAAGAAGAAGAAGAAGAAGAAGAAGAUAUGGCAAGAUAUUGAGACAUGGGUCCCCAAAUGCGUGUCUGGGUUAAAAGUGGGUCUUUGGGUUGGAAAAGGCUGAAGAUACCUGGUCUACAUUACUUUAAGCAUGGGACAGAUUCCAUGUCUAGUGGUAUUAACAGAAAGAUCUUGUUUGUAUUUGGAGUUCAGGCCCAGUGGGCAGUGCAAGUUUCCACAGUUCAAAGAAGGAAAACCACAAAGGUCCCCUGCUGAGGCUUCCAUAGUUUUUGGUUGUGAUUUGAGGGUGGUGUUGCAAUGAGCACCACUUAUCUCAAUAUCUGUGGUUUGCCCAUUUGUGCUGCACUUCCUUGUGCAUGGAAGAAAAAAGAACAAGGAAGCAAAUUUUAAGUUACGGUAGUUUCUGCCAGUUGGUUCUGCGGGCUUCCUAGCAGGGUUCAAGAUGCUCAGUUUCAAAUUCCUUUUGUUUUGAUGUUAACAGAUCCAUAGGUUAUGCCCAGGCAUAGCAGGCCAUGAACAAAAGAAAAGGGAUGGGGGGCAGUGUUUGAAAUUCCCAUUGUUCUAGGUGUGUUUUGUGACAGGGAAUUUCAUUAGCACAAGCGGUUUCUGAGCUCUGGGCGCAGUACUGCACCUAAGAUUUCAGAUUAAAACUGCAGAGUGGAAGGAAAGGAAGACCUUUUUCUGCCUCCCCUCUUCCAACUACUCUCUGAAGACUGAAGAAGAGACCAUCUUAAGAAUAUUAGGGGGGUGGGCAGGGCAAGGCCCAGACCAUGUGAAAAAUGAACAUAAUAUGUUAGCUGCAGUUCAUUCAUUUUCAGCUUUGUACUCUUGUCUAGUGCACCUAGACAUUCUGUUUUUGCGCCCAUAACCUAGGUUUAAGGUCCAUUUAGCUCCUAGCUUCCAUAUCUCAGUUUCUAACACUGGGGGUGGGGGUGGGGAGCUGCCAGAAAGAAACUACAGCUGCUUUUGGCUUACGGCUCUUUUGGAUUGGAUGUGGCUGCACUAGUAAUAGCUUAAUGGUUUUCUGUUUAACUAUAAUUAACCUGACAGCAGGGUUUGAAUAUUGCAUUCAGGAGAAUUGUGCUGGCUUGGCGUUUAUAGUACGGGAACAAACAAUUAGUUCCCCAUGAGUAAAAUGUUAAGUCAAAAUGUUUAUUUAUAAAGGUAAAUAGGGUGGGCUGCUCUGUCUCCCUAAAAAGAGGGUGGGAGUGCAGAAAAAAAAAGAGAAUAGAAAACUCCACACAUGUCACCAUUUAAGAGUGUCCACAAUGUAGGUUAAAGUAGUAUUUACUCACCACGUCAUAGAUUGUUCUUUGAAACUAUCUGUUGUCAUGUAGGAAGCACGGCAAUGUAUGUGCAAUUCCAUGCCUCUCUGAUCUUAAGAGAAGUCUUCAGCCAGAUUCUGACUUCCCUCACCCCACCCGAAUCAUUUUGGCAAAACAAAAUCCUUUGCCGGCAGGAUUGAAGCCACACCUACAGAAGAAGAUCCUUUUUCACUGCUGGCUGUGAUUCAGGCUGGUGAUGUGAAGGGAUAUUUGCAGGGAAGCCCCACUUACAGCUGCGUUAGGAAAUGCCCAGUGGGAAAUUCUGUAGCACAGCUGAUGGCUGUAGGCUUCUUGUUGCUGCUGAUUGGUGCUGACAGAAUCACCGGGAGCACUCUGAGUUGGUUUCCACUGGCCCCGUUUGGCACCAGGUGUGGGCAGGUGGGUAUGAUUUGGGGAAAUUAAGCCGGCAGACUGAACGUUCCCCACCACUUCCAGAAGUUUUCGAGCAGGAGGGUUGGGAGUGCACAGUGCAGCCCCUUGCUUCAGUGUGUAUGAGGGCAACAAAGUCUUGAGGUGCUCCACUCAUUGGUCCUGGAUCUUCCAGUGUGAUUGACGUUUCCCAGCAAGGACACAGACUGGAGUGGCUAAGUAAGGUGAGUAUCAGAAGGAACCCUGAGAACAUUUCAAGAAGUACCAGUGUUGAUGAAUACUAGAGAAAAAGCAACUUGGUAGCAAUCUAAUGGCUGUUUCAGCAACAUCACUAGGAAAUGCAUACAGUGGUACCUCGGUUUUCGAGCCUCGCUGUUGAUGAACAUUUCGGUUUACGAAUGCUAUAAAACCGGAAGUAAAUGCUUUGGUUUUCGAACACGCCUCAGAAGUCGAACAUGCCAUGUGGCUUCCACUGAGUGCAAGAUCCUGAGACUUAGCUGUUGGCUGUUGAGUUUUCGGUUUCCGGACGUUUCAGAACUGGGUCUUCCGGAACGGAUUACGCUCGAAAACCGAGUUAACACUGUAUAUGGAAAUGCUUGCUUGAAUACUUUUAUUUACCUUUUGGAAGUUAUAAAAGAGAGCGUUGGGUUGGCUAGAUUUCUUCUGUUAGAGUCUUUAAAACCCUUACUCCUGGCCCACUAUUGUGGUGGAUUAAUUUCUCUCCAAACCAAGCUGCAAAGGUGUCUGUCUCUUCUUGAUCCUUCUAUAUCGCAAAUGUCUUUUCAUUUGAGGACUGUGGGGUGGGGGGUUGAGUUAGAGAGCUCCAUGCAGGAGAUCCCCUUCAUGUGAUACUAAUCCUUUUCUGUCUGGAUUUCCCAGUCCGGCAUGUGUUGUGCCUCUACCCCCUUCAUCACCAGGGAGUUAACAGCUUUAGGGCUCCAGCACUAUAGCAACAUUCCAGUCAGUGAGCCGUCUGCCUGAAUGACCUCAGCAUGUGGGAGAAUGGUUGUAUUCUCAGUUAUUAUGUUGGGACUGCUUUGGAAGGAUGUGUAGCGAGGAAGAGGGAAUGGAGAAGAAGCUAGAAAUAGAUGCCCAGUGCCAGAAUCCUCUCUCAAGUAUAAACAGCUACCCUGUUUUUACAGCCGCUUCGUAAGACAUACACUCCAGCAAGGCUUGCCCUUUGGACUUGAGCGACUAUGACUUAAGAUUUAGGUGCUGUUCUUUUAGAAAGGCUUUAGUUUAGUAUCUCAAGCUUUUCUAGACGAUUGCUUUAUUGUGUACUGUUGUUUCUUGGUUGUGACAGCAGAUUGAAAUUUCCUGCCCACCCCCCAGGCCAAGCAAGUCUGUUGUGGGAAAAUUAGAUCUCGGUGACACUGGAAGAUGCAGUAUUAUUAUCUUUAAUCAGUGGAAACAUAUUAUUUCCCUCUUGCCCACUUCUAGUACUGUUUGGAGUGCUGCACAGGAUGUGGCAUUGCAAAUAUUAUGGGCAUCUGUUGGUUCGUGUCAGUGACAUCUCUGGCGAUCUGUGACACACUUGGCAUUUAUCACACCAUUGAGAGAAAAUGGAAAAUGGAAAAGGCCAAUUGCACAGGCUCUGGAGAAUCAGUGACUCACAAAAGCAUAAAAAUAUCAUUCUGGCGAAGUCUAGGCAGUUGCGUUCUCAACUUAGCAUUGGAAUCUAAUCUGUACCGAAAAUACUUUGCAGUGCAAGAUGUAUUAUUACUGCACACCGAUUGGUAUUUCCUUCUGGCCUCCACCCUCAUUUCUUACAGAAAUCCUAUGUUGUAUACCCAGUCUUUAUCAAAUAUUAUGCAUCAAGCUUCUUGUUCAUUAAAUGAAGGCGGUCAAAGAAGGCAUCCGUCUAAAUUCUCCUUGAGAGGCUUAGAGUUACCCAUGCAGUUUUUUGGCAUUUGGAAAUUCCUGUACUUUUUCAAGCCACUGCCAUGGAAGUGAGGCAUAGUGGAGUCAAUCUGUUCUGCUCAUGUCAAUCCAGCCUUCUCUGAGCUAGGGAGUGUGGGCAGGAGAAAGAGGAGCCUUCUCCUUCUGUAUCCUAUUCUGGUUUACUCCAUAUCUGAGGUGUGUGGGAAGAUGCACUGAAUGAAACAUACCAUCUUGAUACUGGGUUAGGAAACAUAACAGAUUGAUUGGGCGGUGGGUGGGCGAGCUAUGGGAUCCUGAGGUUUAAAUGCGUUCCAAGAGAGAAAGAAAGUCACAAAAAAGGUAUUGCUAAAUAGAUGCAUUAUGUUCCUGUUUUCUACUAAACAACAGAUGAGCAAACUCAUUUGAGGGUAGGAAGGACAGCUCCAAACACUAUGCACUGUGAAUAAUAAUAUGAGAAACCCAAGUGCCAUUAUGCUUCAUUACUUUUUAUGUAAAAAAAGAAGGAAGUAAUUAUAUAAGUAGACUAUAAGUAUACCUAUAUAAUGAGAUAAUUUACCAGUUCCGCACAACUUAAGAUAGUCUGUCUGGAACAGUGACUUAACGAGACCAAGGUGGAGAGUGCUGUUUUGACUUCUCACAACCAGUGCAAAUAAGAUUGUAGUGAAAACUCUGUGAGCACCUUUUUGUUUCCUCGAGUUUGCUAAUAUCAGAACUUGAAACAUCCCUGACGUGGGGUUCAGUCCUUGGUUCCCCACUGUCUUCUGUUUUAUUAGGUCUGGUGGACGUUGUCUCUGUCUCCUUGCCCUUGCUCCACAGAGUGGUGUACACCAGCUUUCUGCAAACUGGUGUCUUCCAUAAGCCUCAUUGACCAGGGCUGUUAAUGUUUAGGAAUGAUAGAAGUUGCAGUCUGGAGAACACUGGGUUGGAGAAAUUCAUACUAUGAAGGCCUAUCUAAACAGUACAGUUUUCAGAAGACAGAAGGCAGAGAUGGUUCCUGCCAAACCUCAACUGGUAAGGAGUUCUACAAGGCAGGGCCUACCACACUAAAGACUCAGUUUCUAGUGAAGGCCAAGCAAACCUCAAGGGCAUGAGGAACCGCCAAAAGUGACCCAUCAGGUUCUCAGUGAUUGAGGUGGAGUAUAAGGGAUCAGAUGGUCCUUAAGGGACUUUGGGCCCAUGUUGUUUAGGGCUUUGUGAAUUAACACAAGAACUUUGAACUUGGUCUGGCAGCAAAUUGGCAACCAGUGCAUGAAAGGAACACCUGAAGGACCUCAAGUCCCCCAAAUCUGCUGUAGAGGGAGUACAACUUUUCCCCCAGAAUACGACUUGCCCACAGCACAUCCUUCUUAAAUUGAUUGCCCUUCAGUUGAUUGGCCAAGAUCCUGUCCAUUACUGAUCUCAGACACCCGUUCAGCACUUUUACUGCCUCACCCGAAUCUCAUGAAAAGGAGAAACAGAGCUAGGUGUUGAUGAUAACAUACAAAAGGCACCUCACCUGACUCAAACCCUCUGGAUGACAUGACUCAGCAGCUUAAUGUCGAUGAUAAACAGCACUGGAGUCAGAAGGAAAAUAUGAGGGGACGCUGUACCAUAGAUGUCUUGAUGUUGUGCUGUAAUCUCCCCGCACCAUAUUUUGAAAGUUUUUUUUCCAGGUAGGCACCCUCAGUCCUGCAACUCAUUCUCUCCAGAAAAAGACUAUGGAGGGCAGGACUCAAACCAAUAGCUCUUCAAAUUACAAGAAAGGAGACUAAACAGCAGGAAGAACUUUCUGACAGUAAGAGCUGUUUAACAAUUGAAUGGUCUCCCUCUGGAGGCUGGGUGGCCAUCUGUCAUGGAUGUUUCAGCUGAGAUUCCUGUCUUGCAGAGGGUUGGACUAGAUGACCCUGGGGUCCCUUUCCAACUCUACAAUUCUAUGAUUCUUUGUGAGUGCGUGUAGAAACUAGUCUAUUGUACAAAGGUAAAAUGUACGCUUGUUGCUUUGCCCAUUUUUGCCUCUGGUCCUGCCUACCACUGGGAUGUAGACCCUUGGAAGAUUACCGAGGUGGAAAUGUGACCCUCAGUCUGAAAAACCCUGCUCUAGGCCUAUCCAGGUGUUAUUUAAAUGGGUACCUCAUCACACCUGGGUUGGGUGAGAGUGCUAGCCCCAUCCUUCCUUCUGUUGCCUUCCAUGAGUCUACAGGUCCAUAUCGGAUCCCCAUAUAUUUUGGAAGUUAGGGAAGUUUUUAAUGUGUGGUGUUUUAUCGCUUAUUUAUUUAUUUAUUUAUUUAUUUAUUUAUUUAUUUUCAAAGCAAAAUUACAACAAAAAUUAACAAAGAUUGAAUCCAAAAUAAAACAGUACAAACAAGAAAAAAACAAAUCAAAAACAAAACACAAGAGAAAAAAAGAACACAAAAAACCAAAACAAAAACACACAUCUAUAAAUAAAACGAUAUCAUCAUUCUAAUCUAGUCAUUACAUACAUACAUUGACUUCCUUCCUUUGGUCUAAGACCUCAAAAUUUUUACUCUUUCUAAGCUGUUGUGUCUGAUAUAGAUUACCUCUAUCUUUAUACUUUUUUACACCAUUUUUCUCUUUCUUUAACCCUGCAAAUCAUCAUUCAUUACAUACUGAUAUGCUUUUAUCCCUUUUUUAUCAUUUAUUCUGUUGGGAGCCGCCCAGAGUGGCUGGGGAAACCCAGCCAGAUGGGCGGGGUAUAAAUAAUAAAUUAUUAUUAUUAUUAUUAUUAUUAUUAUUAUUAUUAUUAUUAACUCUAAAGCAAAAACAGGUACCAAGAAGGCAGCAGAUUUAACCCACUUGUCCCUGCAAGAGCAGCCCUGCAAUCUUCUAACACUGUGCAACUUCAGUUUUCAUCGACAUCAGGUAACCAAUCUAUCAUCAGAUUAGCAAAUGAAAUUUAGAGGCGCUGUAGUUGAAAUAAGAUUUCAUUGGCUGGAUUGAACAGAUUGUCCCUGAUAAUCACACUUUCAGAACGGUUGGUGUUCCUGCAUUGGGCUUGGACUAGAUGCGCCUUGGCAUCCCAACUCUAUGAUUCUGUGGUGGUAUCAAAAGCCACAGAGAACUCCAGGAGAAUAAGCAGAGUUGCUUAUCCCUUGUCUCUUUUCUCAGCAUCGUUCAUUGGGCUCAUCUAAAUAGUUUCUGUACCAAAACCAGGCCUGAAACCAGAUUGAGAUAGGUCUGGUAUGCUCAUUCUAGUCCUAAAAAAAGAAAUAUGCAAAAUGAGAGGUGACUCAUAAAGUGGGGGGAAAAAUUCAAGGUCCAUCUGGUCGUAUUCUUUCCCCUUUCACAAGGCAAUGUCAUCUUCACUCAGCCACACAUUUACACCUGCCAGUAUGUCAGCCCACAGAAUAUCACAGUAACUAACACUGUUACUGUUGUGGAAGUUAGCUUAUUUUAUAUUUAUGCUGUAGCGGAGGAAGUAUGAGGAGACAGCUCAGAGAACAAAGAAGGCUUAGAUAUAGUCCUCCUGAAACACUGGAGGUAAUAUUUUGCUUUCAUUCUGCUAUUGGUUGAUGUGGGUAGUGGAUAUAAAGUUUCCAUCUGACUCUGCUUUUCUUGAAAUUGUUGAUGCUGCAGAUGGUGAUCUCUGUAUCAGCAUCCCUCAGUAACUGUCACUUGGGUUUGUAAGGUGUCUUUCACCACAAGGAGCAUUGAACCGGAGAAAAAUAAAACUUGUUCCUCUUUUCGCAUUUCUUAAAAUGAACCGCAAGAACUUCAGCUCACUUACAAUAAAUAAACAACACCGAGACCUUGGGAAACUUCUUUUGUAGGUAAAUUGGAAUGUCACACAAAAAGCAGCGCAGGACUUCUCUGCUGAAGCAGAGAUGUGUUGGGAAUGGUGUGCGAGUCAGUGAGAGAUUUCCAGCCGAAUUGAAAGAACUAAAUAUUUAUUAUUCCUGGAGCAAAGAGAAGAUCUGCAUCCUGUCACAGUGCUCAACUUUUUGAUGACCACUCAAUAUGCAGCAAGGGAGGGGGGGAAAAGUUGUUUCCCUAACUCAGUUGAAAUUUAAAGUGCCAGUAGCUUGAAAACAGAACCCUCAUCGCUGGGAGAGAGGUUUAUCUUAAAUUCCUCACUUUCAUCCUGCAUUUGUGUAUAUAAGAGUAUGCCUGUUCAAGUUCAAGAAAAUGCAGGUAGUAAAAAGAGUGCAGCUCCAGCAUUUGGUUGAGCACAAGUGCUCAGACUCCUUACUUGUGCCAUUCCUUUCCAGGCAUGGCAAACUUGGCCCUCCAGCUGUUUUGGGACUACAUUUCCCAUAAUCCCUGACCAGUGGUCUGUUAGCUUAGGAUGAUGGGAGUUGUAGUCCCAAAACUGCUGGAGGGCCAAGUUUGGCCAUGCCUGCUUUAAACCAAGUUGCAAUGCAAGCUGUUGAAGUAUUUCUGUGGCUAAUAAGGAAGGAGCAAAAAUAGGCAGUUUCACUGCCUGCCUCUCUGUCACCCUAAAAAUGGGUACAGGAUGUCCGAAGGAAAAGGAAGGAGCAAAGGCUUGAUAAAAUGCUACAUUUUUAAAGGAACCCAUGGAAGCAAAAAGCCCACCAUGUCAGCCCGUCGUUUUGUCACUCUAUACAACGGCAAGUGGAUAGUUCCAAAAUGGAAUUGCCACCUCUUGGACCAAUCGGGAAACAUUCAGAAUCUAAGGUAUGAAAAGUGGGGGAAAUAGAAAUUCUUAUUUCAGAGAUGUUUAUGCACUUCAUUGAAGUUCUGCUUUUAAAGACAGGACAAGAAAAGAAAUACUACUUCUAAGAAAUGUACAAAGAGGACUACUGUUAGCUUUCAAUUUCAUGUCAGUGUUUUUUCUGUGGAUUGCAAAGCUGACUGCUAAUUGUGCUGUUACCUUGCCAUUGGAGAGUCUUAUUCACUUCAGUGAAUCUGUUCAGUUCCGUGAAGGAAGGCUGGACACGAAGAACAUUCAGCACUUCUACUGACCAGCAUAACUGAUUUUUGUUUCAUUGCUAUCUGAUUAUGCAGGUGGUAAUGGAACACAGUUUAAAAGGUCUGUCAGAUUCUCUAAAAGAGCCAAGGGCAACAAAACAAAUCUAGUUUCCUGCAUGGAAAAAAUACAAGAGUGUUUAUUCUGACUUUACUUUGCUUCACAGUGAAAGUCAGCAUUAUGAAAUCAUGGGUGAAAGCCAACAAACAUUAGUCAUCCUCUGAGUGGACCCACUGAAAUCAGCAAAAACUAUUGGGUCUGCUCUGAAUAUGACUUAGUUGGAUACCUUUCACAGCCGGAAAAAAACAGAGCAACAGAAGAGCCUUGCUGGAUCCGACCAAAGUCUUUAUCUAGUCCAGCAUACAUUUCCCACAGGGGCCAAGUAGAAGCCUACAGGAUGUCUACAAACAGAACAAGAGUUCUCUCCUGCUGUUGUUUCCCAGGAAAUGAUAUUCGUAGAGACAGCAUAUACACAUCAGGACAAGUAACUGUUAAUAUUUGUCUAAUCCCCUUUUAAAGCUGUUGUGAGUUGGUGCCAUCACCACAUCUUGUGGGAUCAAGUUCCACUGUUUAGCUGGGUGCCAUGUGAAGAAGGACUUCCUUUCGUCUGUCAUGUUUUAAAGUGUUUUCACAGUGAAAACAACCAUUUGGUAUUUUUGGACCACCAGAAUUCUUGCUUGAUGGCAGUCGGCUUCAACAUUUCUCAUUUGGCCUCAGUUUUUGUAUUUUUUAAAGUGAAAAGCUGAAAAAAAAGAAAUAAUUGUUACGGAAACUCCAGAAUGUUAUAUAUACAUCUGUAGACAUUACAUUCCCAUCCCCUAGGCUGUGUUGCAAAAAAAAAAUGGAUUUGGGAAGGGAAUUUUUCACAUCUCAGAAUGGACUUGCUCUUUAAUAUGCAAACAUAUAUAGGUAUUGGUUCUGUAUGUUAAACAUGCUUACUCGGGGAAGGAAAUUCUAGUUCCAGUAAUAGCUUUUUAAAGUGAGGCAGAACCACAUGAGCAUGGAAAAACUCCAGAAAAUGCCACAUGACUGAUAAGCAAAGUAUACUGAAUUCAAGCAGAGCACGUACUUGGGAGCCAUAAGUGUGUGUGCUUGUUGCUGUUGGCUUGACCUUUUUCUAAGCUCUGUUGGUCAUGCCUCCUGUUUUAUUGCCAAAGGAUCUUGUGUUACCUAGGAAAUGGCCACUCCUGUGUGCAGCAGCAUAGUCUCCAAUACAAUUGCCCACAUAUCUCCUACUUCUCAGAACAGUAAAAAUUGAUGGCUGUUGAGACCUUUACAAUGUUAUUGUACCUUGUUUCCACAGCAUUUCUUGUGAGGAGCAGUAUUUUAUGUUAAUUAAUAAUUUUAAGAGGGCCAAAGGCAUUGUAGUGUACAUAGUAAUUUAUUGAUUGAUCUCAGUGCUGUCUGUCUCUGGUUUAAAAGUUUUUGUUCAACACACACACGCCGCAUCACCACAUUCCACAAAACCUAUCAACAGUGAAAAUAAUGAAAUAACUGUAGCCACCAAGGAAAAUGAAGCUCUGUUCUGUACCUUCUGUUUUGAGAAAACAUACUACAGUGGUACCUUGGGUUACCUACGCUUCAGGUUACAGACUCCGCUAACCCAGAAAUAGUACCCCGGGUUAAGAAAUUUGCUUCAGGAUAAGAACAGAAAUCGUGUGACAGUGGUGCAGCGGCAGUAGGAGGCCCCAUUAGCUAAAGUGGUGCUUCAGUUUAAGAACAGUUUCAGGUUAAGAACAGACCUCUGGAACGAAUUAAGUACGUAACCAGAGGUACCACUGUAUUAUCUGUAAUGAUAGAGAGCUAGUGGUUUGGGCCUGAUGCAAUUGUGACAAAAGUAUUCAGUUCUACUAAGUCCUGACAUUUAGGGACGCGGGUGGCGCUGUGGUCUAAACCACAGAGCCUAAGGCUUGCCGAUCAGAAGGUUGGUGGUUUGAAUCCCCGCGAUGGGGUGAGCUCAUGUUGUUUGGUACCAGCUCCUGCCAACCUAGCAGUUUGAAAGCACGCCAAAAGUGCAAGUAGAUAAAUAGGCACCACUCCAGUGGGAAGAUAAACGGCGUUUCCAUGCACUGCUCUGGUUUCACCAGAAGCGGCUUAGUCAUGCUGGCCACAUGACCUGGACGCUGUCUGCGGACAAACACUGGCUCCCUCUGCCUAUAGAGCGAGAUGAGCGCGCAACCCUAGAGUCGUCCCUGACUGGACCUAAUGGUCAGGGGUACUUUUACCUUUACCUUUAAGUCCUGACAGUGAAGUUGAGCGUAAAGAAGAAAUGUCUGUUGAGCUUUCCCAGUAGUGAGAAAUUCCAGUGAUGCAGCGCUUACCCAGAUUUAGUUUAUUUUAGAAGGAGAGGAGGUGACUGGAGCUUUGGUGUUUUGUAAUAUUUGCACUUGUUUACAGAUAUACUUGUUAAACAUAGGCAGAGGUGCACCAAAAUCCCCCCUACCCCCCACCACAACUCCACAACCAACAGCCUGAAGUGCUGCUAGCUUCCAAACCCCAAACUAGCUCUCAGUAACUCUGCUUCCUUUAGUCACACUCAGACUUCAGCCUGUCCCCUUCUUUUCUCCACAGAUACCUAGAUUACAUCAUCCUUAGCUUGGCAGGGAGUAGGGUGUUUGUGUGUUUGUUUGUUUGUUUGUUUGUGCUCCAGUCAAAAGACCAAAGGAAGAUGCCAGACAAUUAGUUUCGAUGCUCAUCAGCUUUAAUUCCCUGAACAAAAGGCAACUUUGUUAUGGGAUUAUCAAGGAACUUUUGAGGGCAUUCUGGCCUCAUUAAUGCUUUUCCACCCCAAACCAUCACUCUUACACCAUCCCCCCCCCCCCGUUUUUUCAAGCAGGUGAGAAAGGAAUGCUUAUAUGUCACAUGUGAUCCAGAAAUUUCCCCUUGAAAAAAACUAACACCGUACUACUACUUUUCAUUUUGACUCAAAGCCUAGAACAGCGCAUCUAGGUGCUUCCCCCACCCCUUCAGUACAUACUUACCCAUUCAUUUCUAAAGCAGGAGUGGGCUUUACUUUCUAUGUCAAAGAAACUCCACAGCAGAGGAGAGCCAAACCUGCGCCCUCCCCUCCAUGCUUCUGUUUGGGGGCAGGUCUCAGCUUCUCUGCAUGCAAACCGAACAAUAGGUUGUUGCUGGGGAAAUCCCAUUCAUCCCCCAGCUAAUACAGUCAUUGCAAGUUGGAGCGCUGUGUUAAAACCUGGAUGCAUAAGUGCUGGCAAAAUACUCAAAGGUGAACUUUCUGUCACAGUUUCUCGUUUUCUUUGUGUGUGGGAUCCAAUUACUUUCCCCUUUCCCAAGGGCACCAUUACAGCUUCACUGUGUGGAGUGCUCUGAUGAGUGUUUGGACCAUUGUUCCUGCAGUGAGUCUUAGAUCUUUCCUCUACGCAUUGGGCUGUAGAGCUUGCUGGCUGUUCAGUGGAAUGGCAUGGCAGCCCUUCCUGAGUCCAAGGUCACCAACAUAGCACCUGCGGGCUCCCUGGCUGCCCACAAAGACUUUCACUGGUGCCCCAGGGCAGGUGCCCCAGAGUCAAAAGUCUCUAGUCCUUCUAGAAGAACAUAAUGGGGCAAAAUAUGUAGAUAGUGCCUUACUGAUUUUUGUAGAAUGAAAGUGUGUUGUGCUGUGACCAACUUUUCCUGGUACUGAGGAAUGCUCCCUGCUGCUGUUAGACACAAACAGCAUGUGUGUGUGUUUGUGUGUAAAAAAUCAUUAUUGUCCUCCACAAUCAGGACUAGCAGGACACAGCUGACUUCUCUUAGGCUUUUCCACGGAGGCUGUCUCUCUAAUUUUGGUUUACACCAUGCCCCAUGCCCCCCCAGCAGCUAUUUUGUGACUGGCAGCACCCUCUCAACAUUCAACAUGUGCCUACUGGUCCAAAAAGGUUAGUGCCCCCCUGCCCAAAGUGCUUGGUUGAUCAUUGUUUGCAAAUGCCUUGAGAUACAAGUAUCUGUCCUGACAUUUAUGGCUAGUUGGUUGCCACAGCUACAUGGUGGUCUGCACUGGCAAAGCAAUGUAGUCUCUUCUGGCUGCCCAUUUCCGCAUUGUGCAUGUAGGGGGCAUAUAUACUGGGUACACUAGCAUCAAUGUGACAUUAAUACUGUUGCCACACAUUGGCUGAUGAGGUCCAUGCAUGGCUGAUGUGUAUUACCAUUAGUUAGCAACCUCAGGAUUGCUGAGUGGUGGCAAAGUUUGCAGGGAUGCUGUGGGCAUUUCAGUUAGUGCAGCAAUUGUGCUUUUUGCUCCUGGCGAGUCUAACUAUGUUAUGGUAACCUUGGCGGAACCGUAGGGUUGACCUGCCAGUUUUUGUACAACAAAAAGAAAAAAGACAUUUGUGAUUUGAUUUAUUCUUCUUCUAGGCCUCUUUCCAUUCAGAUGAACCCCAAAAGGGCAUACAAACAAUGGCACAACAGUAUACAGUGGUACCUCGGUUUAAGAACAGUCCGGUUUAAGAACGAUUUGGUUUACAAACUCCCCAAAACUGGAAAUAGUGUCCCGGUUUGAGAACUUUACCUCAGUCUAAGAACAGAAUCUGAACGGUGGAAGGGCACCAGUGGCGGGAGGCCUCAUUAGGGAAAGCGCGCCUCGGUUUAAGAACAGUUUUGGUUUAAGAACGGACUUCUGGAACGGAUUAAGUUCGUAAACCAAGGUACCACUGUAUUUAUAUGUUUGUCUACAUUAGCCCUGCCAAGCAUAAAUAUCAGUGGUAGUUAGGCUUUGGUUGAAAAACUGUCAUUGUAGCAUUCUAGACAAUACUCCUUUUUUAUUGUUUGUUUAUGCACUUUCAAGUUACAAUUGGUUAAAUUUGUUCCAGUUACAUACACCAUCUCCUAUCCCAUCUCGCCUAGACUUCCCAAUCUAUCUUUCCUUGACAUCCUAGCCCAAUCCCUUUGGUUUGCUGCAACUCCUAAAGUACUCCACUCUUUCCCAUCUCUAUCUUUCGCUCUUUGUUUUGUUUACUGGUGUUCAUGUCUUUAACCCUACUUGUAGGGUAGGGUUAUACUACUACUUCUUAGAUACUCUUCUAGUUGUUCCCCCUUGCUUAAGACUGUAUUUCUCUUUGUAUUUCUUAUUUUGGCUGUCAUAGUGGCCCAAUUCUACAUAUUCUGUUAGUUUAAGCAACCACUGUUUUUUUGUCAGUUAGUUUAAGCAACCACUGUUUUUUUGUCUCCUUCCACAUUUUAGCGUUUUGCUGCUGUUGCGUAAAGGAAAAGGUUUUUUUACUUUAUCUGGAAUUUCCUGUCCUAUUACAGCUAACAGGAAUGCUUCUGGCUUCUUGGGAAAGGAAUAUUGAAGCAUCUUCUUUAGUUCUUCAUAAAUCAUUCCCCAGAAUUGUUUUUUUGGGGGGCAAGUUCGCAUUGCCGCUUCAUAUGGAUUAACGAACCCUCCUUAUCUAAACAUUUCCAACAUAUUGGAUCCUUCUAGACAGUACUUCUGUAGCUGUAAGUCCUGACAUUCUCCUUGGCUAUUAAACUGGGAUAUCACUGCAAACUGCUGUGUUAUCCAUGGGAAGAAACCUCUUGAAAUUUUAGAGAAGCUGUGGAGGGUACUGAUGGGGGCAGCUGUGUAGUACUAGCAUCUAAAAUAAACAGCAAUGCAGCCUCUGCAACCGCUGCAGAGCUCACAGUCCUUGUACCUAUUCAAUGGAUGGAAGCAUAAUCUGUAGGUGAGGUGCUAAAUUUCCCAAAUGCUGAAGCCAUUGCGGGGAUGAGGAGAGAACCGUAAUUUUGGGGAGAAGCCGAAAUAUUUGCAAUCAUAACUUUGUUGCUUUCUUAUCAAAUCUAAACUUUAUGUUUUAACAACAUAAAAUGUGCCAUAAUUUAGCACAACUUGUGCUAAUGAGAUGUUUAUACAUAGCAAUCAUAUGCAUGUAAGGCCAACUGUUUAGUGGUGCUUCCCCACCCCACCCCCAGCUAAGUGUGCAUAGGAUUGCUGCCUGAAAAACUAUAAAUGCCUCCGUACAAUCUUAUACAUUGCAAGCCCAGCUGAGUUCAGUGGAAAUGUCUUUCAGAUAAGUAUGAAUAGUAUGCGCAAGGAAAAGGUAACCAGGCAUAGGACAUUUGCUUCUAGUAUCUCCAUACUAGAUCAGAAUUCACCAGAAAAAUAUAUGGAACUAUUCACAGGAAAAAGGACUCUGUGCACUCCUCUCAUGCAAAUGGCAGCAACCUCUAGUUGCAGAAAUGCAUUUUGCAUUUGAAUGAUGAACAUGUCUACAAUAUACACAGGAACUGUCCUUUUCUAAUGUGGCAGAAGGGGACGCGGGUGGCGUUGUGGGUUAAACCACAGAGCCUAGGACUUGCCGAUCAGAAGGUCGGCAGUUCGAAUCCCCGCGACGGGGUGAGCUCCCGUUGUUCUGUCCCAGCUCCUGCCAACCUAGCAGUUUGAAAGCACGUCAAAGUGCAAGUAGAUAAAUAGGUACCGCUCUGGCGGGAAGGUAAACAACGUUUCCAUGCGCUGCUCUGGUUCGCCAGAAGCGGCUUAGUCAUGCUGGCCACAUGAGCCGGAAGCUGUAUGCCGGCUCCCUUGGCCAAUAAAGCGAGAUGAGCGCCGCAACCCCAGAGUCGGCCACUACUGGACCUAAUGGUCAGGGGUCCCUUUACCUUUUGAUGUGGUAGAACUCAGGGGGAGCUAAUGUAAUGCAGAGCUAGCUGGAUGGGCCAUUAGCAGGGGACAAAGGCCAGUGAUGGGCUGAUCCUGCAUUGCAGGGGGUUGGACUAGAUGUCCCUCUAGUCCCUUCCAAUUCUACAAUUCUAUGCUAAGACUGCCAGGCAAAGGGAAGUGGGGCCCCUUCUUUGCUGGGUGCUAGUGGGUGGAGGCAGAGACAAGGUUUAGGGUCUCAACUUUGAAUGACGUAGGUGGCGGAGAGGUCCUUGGAGUGGGUUAUCAGCAAGAAGGAAGGGCAGAACUGCAUGUGAGCUGGGAAUGACAGCCCAAAAGUCAUGUUGCAAAAAAAAUAUGGUGGGCCACCCUAGCAAGUGAAUAUGAACUUGUGAGUCCCCAUAUCAAAACAAAACCUGGGAACUGCCGCUGUAGACCAUACUGAUCUAGAUGGCUCAGUGGUCUACCUCAGUUUAAGGCAGCUUCCUGCAGAGUUGGAUUGCAGACAUUUGAAAACAGCGAGAUUGAUGACGCUGAUUCUACAGGGCCCAUGCGGUUUUUCUUAUCAUUUGCUUAGGCUGGUUGCCGCUUCUUUGCUUUUCACUUGAGAGGUUUCUUGUUGCUUCUGUUCUGCUGAGCAGCUGCCUUUCAGCUGUGACAUUUUGUCACCUCUCGGAUGGCACCUGUUCUAUCCCCACCCAUCGCUUUUCUGAGUUUUAUGCAAAGCUCACGGAGCGUUUUCUCCUCCUAAGAGUAAAAUAGAUAAACCACCACCAUCAGCCAGAUGAAUCACAGAACAAGCCUGCAAUUUAAAUUUAGAGACACAAACUAAGAAACCCAACUUUUUUCCUCUUCUCGGUUCACAUUUAGUUAUAUAUAGUUAGUAAAGGUAAAGGUAGAGGUACCCCUGCCCAUACGGGCCAGUCGUGUCCGACUCUAGGGUUGUGCGCCCAUCUCACUUAAGAGGCCAGGGGCCAGCGCUGUCCGGAGACACUUCUGGGUCACGUGGCCAGCGUGACGAAGCUGCUCUGGUGAGCCAGCACCAGCGCAGCACACGGAAACGCUGUUUAUAUAUAUAGUUAUUAGAAACACUUAAAUUGAGCUGCUCUGCAGCUGUUUGUUUCCAUGCAAGUUGAAUUCAGAAAAAGCCCACCAAGCAACUAUUCCUUUAGCCUCAGUUCCCCAGUUGUAAAAUGGCAGAAAGGUAGUUGAUUGUUAUUGAGCUGAUGUUACCUAGUGAGAGCUGGGACUAAAAAAAGAGGAAGAUGAAAAAUAUAAAUUUAGAAUAGGGGUAGAAGUUUUUGCAGUCUGUACUUUUGGAAGCACAGGGCUGCAUCUGCUCUCUGCACUGUAUAUAUCAUACCCCUUUAAACAGUCUUAGGUAAAGGGACCCCUGACCAUUAGGUCCAGUCGUGUCUGACUCUGGGGUUGCGGCGCUCAUCUCGCUUUAUUGGCCGAGAGAGCCGGUGCACAGCUUCCGGGUCAUGUGGCCAGCAUGACUAAGCCACUUCUGGCGAAACCAGAGCAGCGCACGGAAGUGCCAUUUACCUUCCUGCCGCAGCGGUACAUAUUCAUCUACUUGCACUUUGAGGUGCUUUUGAACUGCUAGGUUGGCAGGAGUAGGGACCGAGCAACGGGAGCUCACCCCGUCGCGGGGAUUCGAACCACCGACCUUCUGAUCGGCAAGCCCUAGGCUCAGUGGUUUAGACCACAGUGCCACCCGCGUCCCUUUAAACAGUCUUGGCUUCCCUCAAAUAAUCUUGGAAACUGUAAAGGGUGCUGAGAGUAAGGAGGAACCGCCCCCUCCCAUUCACCUCACACAGCUAUCAUUACAGAAUUCCCCAGGAAGAUGGAUUGCCUGUUAAACCACUUUGGGAAUUGUAGCUCUGCGAUGGGGCCUUCAUUACCUGUACCAGUGUGAUUUAUUUCUGAGGUAUAUAUACAUAGUAAGAUUCAUGACAAUAGCCCAGUUACUUUUGGGGUCCAGGAUAAUAGAAUGUAAUUCUUCAAGAUGUGGCAGUGAGCAAUAAUAUCAGCAAUAGAAGUUUGGCAGUAGUUUUAGGUAAAACGAAUAGAACUGCUGGAGCAGGCCAGUUGCUUUUUUAGUGAUGCCUUCUGUGAGACCUGAGGAUAAAGGAAAACAAGUCCAAAAAAUGAUUUUGACUGUGUGGCAGAUUCCCAAUUUCCAGUAGCAAGCCUGUUCUGACACUGCAGUGCCAGUUUGACUUGGUGGGUAGAAUGCUGCACUCUUCCUGUAUUUCUGUUGAAUUUUAUGUCUUAGUGUAUUAUAUAUUCAGAUGUUAGCCGUCCUGAGACCGGUUCUGGCCGGGGAGGGCAGGAUAUAAAUAACAUUUAUUAUUAUUAUUAUUAUUAUUAUUAUUAUUAUUAUUCUAUUCCUGCAAAGAUCUGAAUAUACCUUCCGAGUAGCAUAGGAAGCUUCCUUAAGCUGAUUUAGACCAUUGGUCCAUAUAUGCCAAUACUGUUGACACGGACUGGCAGCAGCUCUCUAAAGUUUCAGGCAGGAGUUUCUUCCAGUCUAGUACGUUACACAUGUAUUGCUAUUUUUUCCUCCACUUCCUGAAGAUUAUAAUCCCAAAGAUGCUUAUGAAAUCUAAAUUAUUUAACCACAUUAUUAAGUAUCAUUCCAUACCUAUGAAUCACAGCCUUUUCAGCACUUUGCAGUGAAGUCAGAUAACAUCAGACCCAUAGGCAUAGCUUUCAACCUUCCCUUUUUUUGCGGGAAAUUCCUUUAUUCCAGUGCCGUUUCCCGCUGCUAUCCCGGAUUGUUAGAUAUCCCGUAGAAUGUCCCCGGGACAGGUGAGGCUGCUGAUCCCUUAUUUUUGAAUCUGAAAGUUGACAGCUGUGCCCAUAGGUGCCAAGGGCUAUCCCUUGCAUAUGUUGGCCAAGAAGGGAUUGUUAGUGACUCGUGGUAUUUUCCAUAUACCUAUGGGUCAAUGGAAGUCGUCUUCAAGAGAGAUUGCCCCAAAAUAUUGUGUGGUUACAUAAUAUUUCUCUUCCUACAGAGCUUUCUGUAGCCUUGUCCUAUAAGAAAUAUAUAUAUAUAUAUAUAUAUAUAUAUAUAUAUAUAUAUAUAAAAGCAGACCUAGGAGGAAGGGCUAAUAGAACUUAAAAGGAAGAUCUGCUUAAAUAAUUUCAUUCCUGUAACAAUAAGUUCUGUAACUUAUUAUCUUUCAGGUUUGUAAGGCAAACUCUUUCUCCUUACAAUCUACCUUUCUUUCUUCAAGUAAAAAGGGUGGGGAUUAUACAUGAAGAUCUUAAAUGAAAUCCAUGACUUGGAGCGAUUGUUCAAUUAUUAUUUUUAAUUGCAUCCCCUGCCAGAAAUGAGUGAGAUUAUCUCGGAGCACUGAUGAGAUCUGUAAAGGUUAUUUUAAUUGCAGAGAAUCUGCGUCGGAGACACUUGAGCAUUCCAAAAUGUUACACUUAGAAGCAAAUUAUGAACCUACUAUUAAUUACAGCCCAGUGCAAAAUGACAGCGGAAUAGGAAUGGAAGGAAGACAAUUGGUGAGCUUGAGCAGGUUUGGGGAAACAUCUGUGGAAAUAGUGGACUGAUGGGAAGAAUGCUGUUUCCUAGACUGGAAUGUCGGUUACAUUAAGGUUACUGCCCCUCAAAGAAGGAUACUGUUGAGCUGAAAAAGCAGUAGAAAGGGGGCAACCAACGGGCCAAAGAGCUGGAGAAACUCUCUUGCAAUGAAAGAUCACAAUGUUUGUGGCUUUUUAGUUUAGGAAAUAUUUAGAAUGGGAAAUAUUCUUCAUUAAGAAUAUGCUCAUUGUGCUUUGCAGGUAAAAUCUAGGCAUAUUUACUCAGAAAUAAGCAUCAUGGAAGGGAUGCAGAUGGCGCUGUGGUCUAAACCACUGAGCCCUAGGGCUUGCCGAUCAGAAGAUCGGCGGUUUGAAUCCCCACAAUGGGGUGAGCUCCUGUUGCCAGGUCCCAGCUCCUGCUAACCUAGCAAUUCGAAAGCACGUAAAUAGGUGCCGCUCCAGUGGGAAGGUAAAUGGCGCUUCCGUGCGCUGCUCUGGUUUCGCCAGAAGCAGCUUAGUCAUUCUGACCACAUGACCCAGAAAAACGUGUCUGCGGAAAAACGUUGGCUCCCUCGGCCAGUAAAGCAAGAUGAGCGCCGCAACCCCAGAGUCGUUCACGACUGGGCUUAACUGUCAGGGGUCCUUUACCUUUACCUUUUAAGCAUCAUGGAGCUCAAUGGCACUUACUUCCAGGUAAAUAUGCACAUGAUUAUAGUCUUAUGCAGUGGAGGGUUAUUUGUGUAAAAUAUAAGGUAAAAGCUCUGAGUGCCGAUACAAAACGGCAGCAAAAGAAAAGAUGUGGUCGUACUCUGUGCUGGUGAGUACCAUUGUUUCAAGUGUUGUUAAUGAUCACUAAGGAUCAGGCAGGAGUCGUAUAAAACAAAGACAUUAUUUAAACCUGCUUUCUUUAAUUCCUAACUCUCUCUGGCUCUCAUGCACGUGCUCUCUCUCUCCCUCUCCUUUCUGUGCUGAAUCACUUCCUGGUAGCUGUCCCUUAACUUGUGCCUCCCUCAGCAUUUCAAAUUCCUUUCCCUAACUGCUAUCCAAGCCUCUUACAGUGGUACCUCUGGUUGCAAACGGGAUCCGUUCCGGAGCCCCGUUCGCAGCCUGAGCAGAACGCAACCCACGUCUGCGUGUGCGCGGGUCACGGUUCGCCGCUUCUGUGCAUUCGUGUGAUGUCAUUUUGAGCGUCUGCGCAAGUGGCGAAACCUGGAAGUAACCCUUUCCGGUACUUCUGGGUCGCCGCGGGAUGCAACCUGAAAAGAUUUAACCCAAAGCGUCUUUAACCCGAGGCAUGACUGUACUUAGUUCAGCAUGCAUUGAUACAGCCACGACACAUGCAAAAAGCACUGGUCUUAGAAGAAUGUGCGGAAGAAUCAAGUUUUGUAGUAAGGAAGCAUCAGACAUCAGGGGCAAAUGACCAUUGAGACUCGCUCCUCACGAGCCGCGCUUCAUACCCUUCUUGAGUGUGUUUUCCUUUUCCUGGCUAGAAACUUAGAGGGGGAUAUAUAAGUAAGAGCUGUUAACCGUGGAACAGUCUCCCUCGGGAGGUUGUGAAGGUUUUUAAGCAGAGGUUGGGUGGCCAUUUGUCAUGGAUGCUUCAGCUGAGAUUCCUGCCUUGCAGGGCAUUGGACUAGAUGACCCUGGGGUCCCUUUCCAACACAAUUCUAUGAUUCUUUGUGAGUGCGUGUAGAAAAUAGUAUAUUGUACAAAGGUAAAAUGUACACUUGCUGCUUUGCACAUUUUUGCUUCUGGUCCUGCCUACCAGUGGUGAGAGCCAGUGUGGUGUAGUGGUUAAGAGUGGUGGACUCGUAAUCUGGGGAACCGGGUUCGCUUCCCAGCUCCUCCACAUGCAGCUGCUGGGUGACCUUGGGCUAGUCACACUUCUCUGAAGUCUCUCAGCCCCACUCACCUCACAGAGUGUUUGUUGUGGGGGAGGAAGGGAAAGGAGAAUGUUAGCCGCUUUGAGACUCCUUCGGGUAGUGAUAAAGCGGGAUAUCAAAUCCAAACUCUUCUUCUUCUUCUUCUGCCACUGGGAUGUAGACCCUUGGAAGAUCACCCAGGUGGAAAUGUGACCCUCAGCCUGAAAAACCCUGCUCUAGGCCCAUUCAGGUGUUAUUUAAAUAGGCACCUCAUCACACCUGGGUUGGGUGAGAGUGCUAUCCCCAUUCUUCCUUCUGUUGCCUUCCAAGAGUUUACAGGUCCAUAUCGGAUCCCCAUAUAUUUUGGAACGCUAAAGCAAAAACGGACACCAGGGAGGCAGCAGAGUUAACUCACUUGUCCCUGCAAGAGCAUCCCCAAAUGUGAUAUUUUCCCCAUUUAAUGAAUGUCCAGAUAGGGUGCCCCUCAAACCACCUUCACCUGCCAAUCCAUCCAUUCAUUAUUACACACUGUUUGAUUGUUUAAAAAACCCAAAUGUAGUUUAUAGAAGAUCAAAUAGUAAAAUCAAGAAAAAUGUACAGCCCUAUUUCAUACACCCAAAGUUAAAAUUACCUCAACUCACUAAGCACCUGGGUAGGCUUGUCUAAACAGGAAUGUUUUUAGCGGGCGCCAAAAAGGGUAUAGUGAGCAGAUGCCUGCUUGAUCUCAAUGGGCAGGGAGUUCCAAAGUGCACUAAUCAACCAAGUUCUUACAAAUGUGAAAUGGGCAUUAUGUGGCACCCAGCGUAGUGCCGGCUCUGCCGAUCAAAGCAGUUGAAUGAGCAUGUGUAGGAUAAGGUGAUUUUGUGGGGAUACUGUUCCCCAGUGGUUAAGGGCUAAAGAUAUCAAUAAAAAGUAUAUCUUACUCCCCCCAGCUUUGCUGCCAUUGAGGAAAUGUAGUUCCUUCCUUCUUAUGACUUCACACUGUCAAGUUCUGGUGUUCCGAUUCCCCUCAGCUGUGUCUCAACAACCUCAAAAGUGGCUCCAGAUGCCAGAUUAGGCUUGUUCUUCUUUUCUGAGUUGUCUCAAUUCCAAAAAGCAGUACAUCAAGAUAGAAUAUAGGUUGGGCGUGGGCUCUUUAUACCUGCAGGAGAUGAGCAGCAGGAGGUUUCUGGUUUCGUUGAGAAGUUGGAAGACAAAACGACAGAUGAGGCUCCGCACAGUUUCUCCACAUGAGAAGUAGUCUAAUGUUCUUGGAAGGGCAUUUGAAUGUAUUGUUGGAAGGGAGCUUUUAGUGAUUUGGUUUGAAUGAAAUUGGAUCCAUUGAUUUGUUUCAGGAUAAGCUACUUUACGUAGCAGCGACCGGCAGUUGUUUGCAUUUGUUUCUUUCAGGCCUCUCGGAAGGCCGUUAGCAUGCUUUCCUUCAUGCUUAAAAGGCUUGGCUCAGGCAUCAGAAGUCUGUGUCUUUCACUUUCAUCUCUGUAUACUAAAAGCAUGACGACUCCUGUGCUGUUGGUAUUUUUUCUCUAAUAAACUGUUUUUCAUUUCACAGGUGGCCUUCAGCCUUCGUUAGAGAUCUCACUGCUUUGAGUGGCUGGGUAUCUUGGACAGCAAGAGCAUUAUGAGUAGCCCUGAAAUCUUCUAACACCCUGCCGUGUCUGUUGCAACUUCAGUUUUCAUCGACAUCAGGUAACCAAUCUGUCGUCAGAUUAGCAAAUGAAAUUAAGGGACGCAAUAGCUGAAAUAAGAUUUCAUUGGCUUGAUUAGACGGAUUGUCCCUAGUAAUCACGCUUUCACAACUGUAAGGCUGUAGGAUAGAGUGUUAAAUCCUGAACCCAUUUGUUUUAUUGAAUGCAGGGUGCUAGGCUCAUGCUAUUAUCAGGCUGCUUUUGAGCAUCUUUCUUGUUCGUCUCUGUGUUGGUGGUUUUUCACCAACAUCAGUAAUUUGUUCAUAGCUGUAGUCCAAAUGUCUUUUUAUUCUGGGGGUUUAUAUCAUGGUGGUUUGGUAUACAAUCAAAGGGAUGAGAGUGUAUGCAAAAAAAAAGAGAGAGAGAAUGGAUAUGGAAGCAUUGCCAAUUUUUAGAAGAACCCUAAAAGCAGUGCUGUUUCAGUGGGUGUAGCCAAAAUGCUUUUACCUCAUGCCUGCUUUUAUUACUGAUUUAAGCCAUCAUUUCUGGUGGUUUGCUGUUUCUUUUAAUGUUUAAGCAAAACUUAUAAGGUGCUUUGACUACAUAUUAAUGUAGAAAAGCAGAGAAUAAAUUCUGUGCAUACAGAAAUAUUAUUGUUCAGAAGUACCUCACACCUGUGCUUGACAUUAAAGCAAAAUGUUUAGUUUGGAAGGUGUCACCCCCCAGUUUUGUUUGGUUUCACUCAUUCUGGCAUCUGCUUUGCAUACAGGAUCCUUACAUUGUUGCAAACAUUACAUUUUUGCAAACAUUAUAAACAGUUUUUAAAUGGUGUCUGGUUAGUAUGUUUUUUGUUUCUUCAGGAAAGCAAACUCUAUUUUGCAUGUACAGUGGUACUUCGAGUUAAGUACUUAAUUUGUUCCGGAGGUCUGUUCUUAACCUGAAACUGUUCUUAACCUGAAGCACCACUUUAGCUAAUGGGGCCUGCUGCUGCUGCCACGCUGCCAGAGCCCGAUUUCUGUUCUGAAGCAAAGUUCUUAACCUGAAGCACUGUUUCUGGGUUAGCGGAGUCUGUAACCUGAAGCCUAUGUAACCUGAAGCAUAUGUAACCUGAAGCAUAUGUAACCCGAGGUACCACUGUAUCAGUUUUGUCAGGAAGUUCUCUCCCAGUACAUUUUGUAUAAUAAGAAUUUGGGUGGCUUUCUGAGCAGGAAGGAGACAGGUGACCAGUCUUGCAUGUGACCAUGGUUGGCUAGCCUAGAGACUGACUUGCAAAUUUUCAUCCUGCAAAUUGGUUUAUGUGUGUGAAGGGGUGGAUUUUUGGGACAGGUUAGCCAGAUUGAUUCAUAUCCUGUUGGUGGAUUCAUCUUGUUGUCUUGUUGGGCUAUGUAUGUGUUAAAGGGAAUCCAUACUGGAGUGGAGGUGUCUUCUUCUAUUUGUCCCCGACUGGUUUCUAAGAAUUUCCAGUUGUUACUUUAAGAGCUAGAUAGUCGUAAGUUGAUGGCUCAUGAUGGGCCUUCAUCAAUACACAGACACUGUAUGCCUGCUUACUCCUUUUGGUAAUGAACGUUUUAAGUACAUUUCCGUGCAACGAGUGGGAUGACAGCAUAUUUGCAUUCAGAGCAAAAAUGCAGCAAAACUGCCACACCAGCAAAGCUCUUGUCCAUGUAAUACUAAUUUAUGGGACUCUUUUUGGUUAAAUGAUGUGCCUUUUCAUGUCAGAUUGUAGCACCCUGCUUGUGGUUAACGCUUAGCUGGAAUGAAAUAUUCAACGCUGUGUACUGCCAGCUUUUUCUAAUGAAGAGGGUAUAAGCACUGUCUGUCCCUGUUGUAGAUUUCCUAUGAUCUCACUGAGGUUGCCAUAACCUUGCCUUCAGGCUUUCUUGGUGGUUUAUGAAAUCACCUUUUCCACAGCUUCUUAUAAACAGUUGUAAUUUUAAAAAUGGCUGUCAUCAUCCUGGAAAAGCAUAGGAAGUGACUCAAACAGUGAAUACAGUCAUAUCUUGGUUCUCAAAUGGCUUAGUUGUCGAACAAAUCAGCCCUCGAACGCCGAAAACCCAGAAGUAAGUGUUCUGGUGUUCAAACAUUUUUCGGAAGCCGAACGCUUCUGCUUGAGUGCAGGAAGCUUCUGCAGCCAAUCGGAAGCCUCACCUUGGUUUUUGAACGUUUUCGGGAGUCGAACAGAAUUCUGGAAUGGAUUAAGUUCCAGAACCAAGGUAUGACUGUAUCUGUUUUGGUUACUGAUGUUAUCUGCCUCAAAUGAUCUCAUAUUUGAUACCUUGAUAUCUGAGAUCCUCUGAUGAGGUGGGAUUCAGCUGCAUUUACGAGGGACUGACCCUUUAAUGUAUCAGUCCCUGUCCUGUGGAACUCACUGUUUGUGGAGGUUCAGCAGCAACCAACCCUGUCUUUUUUCAGACAUCUUCUGAAAACUGUUUAGACAGGCUUUCACGAUAUGAUUUUGUUUUCUUGCAACCAAAGCCACUCCCGAACUAAGGGGGGGGGGUUGCGGGCUCACGCUUCCAUCCACAUUCUCGCGGGGCUGGGGCCAGCCCCACGGGAUUUUGGGUUUCCCAUUAGUAUGCACCUUAUACAGCGCCGGCCAAUCGGCAUGCAGAAGGGGCGGGCCUACCUAAGGGCACUUAAGGUCAGGGCAGCCCUGGCUCGCCCCCUUUUUCCUUCUUCGCAGCAGCCGCAGUUUCCCACCCACCCACCCUUCAGGUGUGCUUUCGGACUUUGCUAUGGGCUUCGGCUGGUCGCCGCAAGGGGCUUGGCAGGAGUUUUUCCAUUUGGCUAAUUGGCUGAAUUUUGAAGCCACUUGGUUUUUUCGCCUACCUCGUAGCAAAACAUCACAACUCAUUGGUUUUGGCGGUUAGGCAUUGGCAGGGGUAUUGUUAUGCAAAUGAGAUCGGGGGGAGGAGUGCCAUCACCUCCCCCAAUUCUUGAAGGGUAGUUCAUUAAAGGACUCCGAGGGGCGUCGCCUCGUCCGAAACCUACGGAGGCUAGGGCCUAAAGCGCGCCCCCGAGCGGUAACCCCUUGGGGAGCGCCUAGGGAUGUGCAUCUCGGGGGCUCCCCCUGUUGGUGCUUAACCCUUUCCGGUUAGACCGGAUAGUCUGUUAGGGCCAAUGCCUAAGGCCAAUACCACUCUUACCUGUAAUCAAUAAAGUUGUGGCCAUUUUCGCCCAUUAACCUAAAUACUGGUGUCCGGUGUCUUUAUUUACUCCAUCUGGGGAGGGGGCGGGAAUUGCCACGCAACCAGUGUCUAAUGAUGUUUAAAAUUAUGUUUCCUAGAUAUUUACAGACUGGUUUUAUUGAAUUUUAUAUGCUGUACGCUGCCUUGAUAUAUUUGAUGUAAAUACAAAUUCUAAAUUUUCAAAUCUGGCAAGCAAGAAUACUAACAUUUGAAAAAGCAGUUCAGAGCAAGGAGAUCUCUAUGUUAUACAAUCUCACCAAAAGGAUAUGAUAAUUCAUGAGACAGGAAAGGGAAAAAUGGUCGUGCUUUUCAUAUAUUAAUAGGCUUGUGGUUGUGGGUAACUCCACACCAGAUGAGGAACUGCCCACAGAUAAGGUGCAUGCGCAUUAAUGCCAAUGUCUCUUACGCAACCAGCAUCCCAUUUGAAGUAGAGGCUUGCAUGCAUCUCCACAGCAAAAGCUGGAGGAUGUGGGUAUACUGCUAGAAGCUGCCUCUUGGUGAUGCCUUAAAUCAUAUUGACUUUGCCAACCCAGCUGCCAGAGGAAAGCAGCAGUCUGGAACUCAGGGUUUCUACUUCCAGCUUUUGCCUAUUUGUCCUUGGUCCACACACACAAACCACUUUGCCACAAUGGAGAUUGCAGACUUCCCUCUUGGGAUGAAUGACUGGAUAGCCAAGGCUGGAGAUGGGGCUCUUGGCAGCCACAGGCAAAGUUAGAGCAAAGUAGGCAGCAGUGAUUUGUGCAGGCUCCUCCAGGUGACCCCUUACUUGAGCACGCAAGAGUAGUUUUCCGAUUGUGGAUAUUUGUAUGGUUGCCACAUGCGUCUCUCCUCAUACUUUGGUUAGCCCUAUCAAAUAGACUCAUUUUUAUUGGCUGAUGCAGCCUUUUGGCAGGAAAGUUAUCCGGGGCUUCUGUCACAGUAGGUGAGGGAGCCCACACAGGUCUGAAGGAGCCUGCUUUGUUAUAACCCUAGUAGGAAUGUCCUCCAUCCCUGUUUGGCAAAAAUGGAAUUUUCUGCUUCCUGUGAGUUUCUCUCCCACUUCUGCUUCACUGUCUAUUUUCCACCUGGAGUGCGAUUGGUGGCUUAGGGCUUCUGCUGGCGACCUACAUGUCCCAGACUAUUUGCCCUGUUUGUCGUCUUCAUUUUCUUGUCUUUUUCAUUAUUGGUUCCUUGUUUGGAGUUGCCAUUCCCAGUUGUCAAAUUUGGGGUUUGAGGAGUUGUCUUCACUCUGCCAGUCUGGAAGGUGGAAUGAUUCCUCCCCCUGGAGAGCUUCUGAAGGACUUGCUUGCCGUAGCCAGCAAGAGGAGUCAUUGCUGCCAGGAACAUCCCAUCACCAAGCAGACAUUCGCUAUAGCUACACAUUUCCACUCCCUCCCUCUGUGCAGCUGCAGCCCAAGCCCAUGCAAGUUUCUUGGGACGUGAAUUGCACUGCAGCAGGUUGAUUGACAGUGCUGUGUGAAGUCACUGUGAAUGACAGGUUGUAGAGUGUUGAGAGUGGCAGUUGAAGGAGUUAGAGGAGGUGUUGAGAUGGAGUGAGAAGGAAGGCAAUUUUAUGUGUAUGUUUUGGAUACUUCUAUCCUGCUUUAUAACCCCGAGUGCCCUUUGAAAGAAACUUACAAAAGAUUUUCACAAUAAAAAACCAUGUCUAAGCCUGGUAUCGGGAACAAAGAUGAGGGAGAGAAAAAACCAUGAGCACCUAGGGGUAACAGUUUGGGUAGCAAUCAAAGAGGAGAGUUGCGUACGCCAGGCUGGGGUAAUAAAACUACUUAUUGUUCUUUAGUUCUUUUUAAAAAAAUAAAUAAGUAAAUCAUGUUUAAUAUUCAUCAGUUAAUGAAGCUGUUUUGCUCUGUGUGGAUUCUAGGAACAGCCUACUGGACUGCACGUGCGCUGUAUUGAUAUACACAACUGCAUAGAUAGCAUGCCUCACCCCACGUGCCUUUUAUUGAUAUACACAGUUAAACAUAGAGAGGGAGAGGCCCACUGCUAUCUAUCUGUCAUUAAGGGAAAUCUGGAUCUAUGGGACCAACUGAGUGACUGGUCUGGUGACUUGUGUAGGACAGAGCCUCACAAGAGACCCCCUGGAGCAUCACAGACUGAUUUUUGUGCAGUGUGCAGAGUACCGCGGGGUUUCCUGUUUUUCUCUUGCUUCUGUGCCCUGUUCUUCCUUACUUGGUUUUGUGUUUCAUUGUCCACUCACACUCCUCAUUUCCCCUUAAUUUUAGUUCUGAUGUUAGCCAACUUAAGCAUAGUAAGGCAGCUUAUAAAUGAAAGGGGCACAAUUGUGUAUUUCUCUUUCCCUUCCAUGCACUCCUCCUUGGAUGUCAGUCUCGGGUUCAUGCUUCUUGUGUUGUCUCACAAUCUCUCCCUCCAGAGAUUGUGGCUGGAGAAGGAAGGCAUAAUUUUAUUUAUUUUAUUUAUUAAUUUCUAUACAGCUCUAUAUUUUUAAGAAAAAUCUCAAAGCGGUUUACUCCAUAUUAAAUCAAUAAAACAUAAAUAAAACAUUCUGAAUAAAGUCAAAUACAGUGGUACCUCGGGUUAAGUACUUAAUUCGUUCCGGAGGUCCGUUUUUAACCUGAAACUGUUCUUAACCUGAAGCACCACUUUAGCUAAUGGGGCCUCCUGCUGCCGUGCUGCCGGAGCAAAAUUUCUGUUCUCAUCCUGAGUUCUUAACCCAAGGUACUCUUUCUGGGUUAGCGGAGUCUGUAACCUGAAGCGUAUGUAACCCGAGGUACCACUGUAUAGAGUAUACAGUCAAAGCAACAUAACAUAGAACUAAAAUAUUAUAUUAAAGAUUUCAAAAUAAAACAUUACAAAUGAGGUCAACUACAGAAUACAUAUUUAAUAUGUAUAAUGUUCCCUUCCAAGCAUGCUGUGGUCUUGAUGACAUUCACCACCACCCUGACACAGGGAUUUUAUUUUAUUUUUUGGUCUUUUAUUUUUAAAGACCAACAAUGAAGUUGCCAAUCACAGUGCUAACAUCACUUGUAGUUUGGUCCUUAGAUAUAAAAAGUAUUGCUUGAAACUGUAUUAAAACAAGGACCCCUUCUAAGAGAUUGUUGUGGAACUGCAUUGAGUGCCAGAAUGUUAAAAUAGUGCAGGCUUCCUCAACCUCGGCCCUCCAGAUGUUUUGAUUCCCAUCAUCCCUGUCCACUGUUCCUGCUAGCUAGGGAUCAUGGGAGUUGCCAAAAACAUCUGGAGGGCCGGGGUUGAGGAAGCCUGAAAUAGUGCAUAGCAGACAUGGUGGCUACAGCAAGGACAGGAGUGCCAGCUUGACCCCAUGACCGUGGCUGCCAUGCAGCAUGCAUGCCCCUGGCACUGAAAUUUGUGGGUGCCCUGUCCCUUCAUGAGGAAUUUUGUGGGUGCUCAGACACCCAGGGCCCCAGAGAGUUGGCACCUACGAGCAAGGAGAAAUUAUCACACCAUUUCCAGCAAUAGCACCUGCUGUAGCUCUUAAGAUGUACAAGUUCCAGAUGAAUACAGGGUGCAGAAAUCUCACAUUGGGGGGGAGAUGCAUUGGAGGGGGCCAGAGCAAUCCAAACUAUAGGAAGACAGCGUAAUUUAUGCCAGGGUAAAUUAUGCUGGUGUAAUUUCACCUACUCCUUUCAGGAGAAGGUUACUGCUAGCCGAGCUGGCUGAAGCCUGGCAGAGGGAAAUCAAGCCCUUAAAAUAGAAUUGGACUUACAAACCUUCCUUUUUUGCCGGUGUAACUUCUACUGGGUUGCUAGGUCAUGUGACUGAGUUAAAAGGAGUUUCAAACAAGGGUAGGUUUUCCCCUACCCCACCCUUUUGGGGGGGACUUACUCUGGCCUCAGCCAAACCAGGGGGUUGGACUCGAUGGCCCUUGUGGUCUCUUCCAACUCUAUGAUUCUAUGAUUCUAUGAAACCAGUAUGAAGGAACUUAACACUGAGAUGGGGGACUCCAGCCACCUGAGCCUAGCUGAUCCCAGGCCCAGCUACAGAUCUGACUGUUCCCAAUCCCCCUCAUCUUGAUGGGUCUUAGGUUUGGCUAAGGUUGUGCUUAGUGUCUCAGGUGUGCUGGAGGAUGCUCUGCUUCCUGUGUAUGAAGAGCAAGAAAGUGUAGCUCCAUUAAGAGCUGUGCUAAUAGGGUCACUUAAAGGUAGCAACGUCCAUAUGGGAACCACUUUUGGAAAAGCAUCUUUCUCUUAGCUGAGGUUGUGUUGCAAGCAGAGGUUCUCAGUCUGGUCUGUGGGCCACUGGUGAUCUGCCAGCUUCAUGCCGUGUGCAGAAAAGUUGCAGAACAGUUGAGAAUAUCAUCGCUUGACCUUGCACAUUAUUUUUUUUCUUUUCUGGUGACUGAAAUUGAGGCCAUUUUGACCAAGUGCUGGAUCAAUAGAUCAGGCUAAAAAGGCCCUGACCUACGGCCCAUGGACAUCAUAAUACAACACUGGUUUUGAUUAUUAUGUCAGCGCAGAAGGAAAAAGGGUAUUGAAAUGUGAGUUACACAUGUGCUUUGAUUUGUAUAACAAGAAAACUUUUAUUAAGUGGUUGUUCAAGACUUGUAGCAAUUUUCAAGUUUUGAGGGAGGAAGGUUGAGCUGUUGUCAUCUUUGUUGUUGUUAAUUAAAUUUAUAUGCCACCGUUCAUCCGAAGAUCACAGGGCAGUUUACAAUAUAAAAGCACAAAAAUACACACCAUAAUAACAAACAAAAAUAUACUCCCCACAGUUUAAAAGGCCAAAGAUGGUUUAAAUAUUAGCCAAAGACCUGGAACAAGACGGACAUUGUGUAACGGGCUGUUUAUUUUGGUGAUUUCAAAUGAUUAUACACCUUGAAUUCUUUCCUCUCCCCAUCCUGAUUUUAAAAAUGCAUUUUUAAUGCUUUUUUUUUUAGGUACAACUUCCAACCUGAAGUUGAUCUUCCUAACCUGAUGCAUCGUACAUUAUGGUUCAUGUCAACUUUGUUAGAAAAUGGAUAUAUGUCCUCCUGGCAUUUAUUUUGGUUCUGACCAUUUGUUUGUGGAAGGAAUCGCGGAGAGGAUUUUAUGUUUCGUUUAAAACAGAAGACCAAGCCAAUCAUGGACCGUUGAGGCUGUGGAGGUGGAAUAGCCUAAGACAAGAAACUGUCCAGGAUGAAGCCGUCAAUGGCACAGGCAAGCUCCAUUUGCCCACCAACACAUCUCAAGUUCAUGUUGCCGUCACUGCAGUGCCAGCAAGAAGUAAGUUAGUCAUAAAACCUGUGAAAUUGCCAAGUCCCAUCAAAGUGUGGAACAAGGACAGUUUGUCCAGAAACCUCAACACUAGACUGCAAAAGGUGAGGAAGAAUUAUUUGCAUAUGAACAAAUACCGUGUGAAGUACAGUGGGCCAAAGUAUGCUGCUAAAUCCAGCCCCCAAAAAGUGUUGUGCCAGCUCCGGAAGCAACUGAACUUUGGGAUGAUCACCACAUCAGAUGGGCCCUUCAAUACAUCAGAAUGGGAGACCUACCUGCCAGGGAAGAACAUCAGCAUGGAAGUGGGGCAGAUGGGCCGGUGUGCAGUUGUGUCCUCUGCAGGAUCCAUGAAGUCAUCUCAUUUGGGGGAAGAAAUAGGUUUGCAUUAUUCCUCUGCCAUUUAUUAAGCAACAAAAUACAGUUUGAAAUCUUUGACUUGGGGGCGGGGGGAGUUCAGUGUUACGGGGCUGGAAAAACAUUUAAUUUUGAAUAUAAUCUGAAGAAGUAUGCAUGCACACAAAAGCAUAUACCCAGAACCAGCUUAGUUGGUCUCUAAGGUGCUACUGGACAAUUUUUUACUUCAUUUAUUUAUUUAAUUUUGAAUUUAUUGAAUUUGCCGGUAGGACUUUUCUCUUCUCUCUUCCUGCCUUUCAUUGCUCAGUGACCACAGAUGUCUCGUAGGAAGUAAACAUGGGAUCCUGGAACAUUAAAACUGGGUAUUGGGUAUUAUAUUUGAAAUUAGGGCAAGGCAUUGCUAGAACUGGCAUAGUAACAUGUUAAAAGUACUUGUGUGUUAAAACCUUGGGCUAGCUCAGGUCUAGCUCUAGAGCGGGUGUAAUAUUACAGGCCUAAGUCUAAACCAGGCAUCCCCAAACUUCGGCCCUCCAGGUGUUUUGGACCAUAAUUCCCAUCAUCCCUGACCACUGGUCCUGUUAGCUAGGGAUCAUGGGAGUUGUAGGCCAAAACAUCUGGAGGGCCGCAGGUUGGGGAUGCCUGGUCUAAAUCUUGCAUUGUAAUCUCACUUCAGCCAUAAAGUCACAAGGAGGGCUUAGAACAAGGGUAGCUAACAUGACGCUCUCCAUAUGUUAUCCCUGACCAUUGGCCAUACCAGCUGGGCUGAUUGGAGGCAUCUGGAAAGGAUUAUGUUUGUUACCCCUGCCUUACAGUAUUUCAGCUUCUGCGGACAUCCCCAUCUGUAAUUUGGAGAUAAUAAUACUGAUCUAUCCUACAGGGUUGUUGUAAGGAUGAUUGAGAUAAUGUACAUGCAACAUUCUGAACUCAGCUUGAAUGAUUUUAAAUACAAUUACAGUGGUGCCUCGCAAGACGAAAUUAAUCCGUUCCGCGAGUCUCUUCGUCUUGCGGUUUUUUCGUCCUGUGAAGCAUGGCUAUUAGCGGCUUAGCGGCUAUUAACGGCUUAGCGGUUUAGCGGCUAUUAACGGCUUAGCGGCUUUAAGAAAAAGGAAACAAACUCGCAAGAACUCGCAAGAUGUUUCGUCUUGCGAAGCAAGCCCAUAGGGAAAUUCGUCUUGCGGAACGACUCAAAAAACGCAAAACCCUUUCGUCUAGCGAGUUUUUCAUCUUGCGAGGCAUUCAUCUUGCAGGGCACCACUGUAUUCACCUGUCCAAUAGGGAUCCCCAGUGGUGAUAGACAGUGUAAAAGAAAAUCAAUACAAUAUGACAGCCUUAUAAAAAUCCAUAAAAUAUAAACUAAGCCUGUCCAAAACAGACUCAGUACCUGCUCCCGCUUUUUCAGUACCCACAACCAAUAUUACCUCUGUCUGUGUUAAGCCUCAGUGUCUCAUCCACUCCAAAACUCUUAAGCCGCUUCCACUCCAAAAUGGCUGCCAGACAUCAGCUUGAGAGCUCUCUCCUUCCUUUGGAAAUGGAAGUGAAACAACCGGUGCCCCCUUUCACAGCUCUGCCUUUGCUGAACUUUUGAGUUCACAGUUCUCUGUUAACAGUGGAUUUCUUUCAAAUGGUAUAAGAAUUUCAGGAGCUAAUUGAGAUGUGGCAGGGCUGAUGGAAAGUUUUCACAUUCACAGUGGAGAGUGAUUGUAGUAAGGCUAACGCUCCUCACUGUCUUCUUCCAAAGCAGUGGCACAGUUGGGUUCCAGAGCUCGAAACAGAAACUUUUGAGACUUCGGGGCUUUUGCUCGAUCAGGUGCCUUUCAAUUUAUAUUUCCUCCUCGCUGCUUUCAGAUCACCACGAUGCAGUGCUGCGGUUUAAUGGAGCCCCUACCAGAGGGUACCAGGCUGAUGUAGGGCAGAAAACCACAAUACGCCUUGUUAAUUCCCAGGUAAGUUUGCAUGGUAUGCGCUGUGCUAAGGGAGCAACAGAAAGGAGUGCGUACUGAGGGCUUUAAUGAGAGCUCCUUCAGCUCGUUUUUUGUUGUUCUGCCUGAAAAGAUUUGCAAGUAAGAAUAGCAGCAAAAAGUAGAAGAAUCACUUAUGUCAGCUCUUUAUGUUGCCAUUGCUCAAGAACACAGCCGAUGAACAUAAAAGGCCUGCCUCUAAACCUUUCUUAGUGAUAUCUGAAAAGUGUCUUUUCACUGUGGAAAGGACAGCAGAUUUUUUAAAAAGCACCACCUGACAGUGUGUGGGGAGGAGGGUGAGAGGGAGAGAGAGAGAGAAUAAUAAUUUUGUGCCCAUGUUCUACAGAACAUUUAUUUACUCUACAGAACAUUUAUCUAUUGAAACUUGAAAAACAAAGGGAAAAAAUGAUACAUAAACGUUAACAUCAAAUGCCAAGCAUCUUUUUAAACAACAUGUAUUACUAUUAAAACAAAAUAGUGGACAUGCUUUUUAAUGAUGCUGUUUGCACCACAGCUAGUUUGAUCUUAAGUGACUCUAUAUAUUUCCCUCCCCAUCGCUGCACCUUCACCACCAUUGUGGCCUUCAGACUAUUAAGAUUUUACACUUGUGCACAGAUUCUUCUUCUUUUUUAAGUUUUAAGGUAUCUUUUUAUGUUCCCUUUUGCAAAAGGGGAAAAAUUCAAUGUAGUGAUGCCUUUUUGGUGACACAGAGGUGUUAAAAGGCCCAGGCCACAUCAGAGGAUUUCCUGCUGUGGCUUCUCCUCAUACCAGCAAUCCUUUGUUGGAGCAUUGCUCUCCUUCACUGCGCCUAUAUUGCCCAUGCGCGGCACAAAAAAUUUGUGCUGCAGCGGCUCACACAUUGCAAAAGCAAGAAGGACCUUCAGAGUAGGCCACAGGGAAAUGAGCAGUACAGCACAAUCCCUUUGCAUGUUUAUUUAAAAGCAAACACCAUGUGUUCAAUAGGAUUUACUCUAAGGAAAGUGAUCACUCAUUCAAGAAUGACUAGAAUUGGAACUGGAUGCUUUUAGGUUUUCUGAAUGGGAUUUCUGAAUUCUCUGCCUGACAAAGAAUAAGACUAAAGGAGUUUAAUAGGACUGAAAUAUUAAGAGAGAUCACAGAUUUUCCAGGUCCUUGUACAACCCUUAAGGGCACAAUCGGAAGAAAAGCAAUAAUUUCUUGGUAAAUAAAUACCAUUGCUCUUUUGUGAUGAUUUUAAACAGUGUCCCUGGCCAGUGAUAAAAGGCAAGGAGAAAGAAUGCAGACACACACUCUUGUCGUUCAUAGCACAGCAUGGAUUUUGCUUCACUUGCCCAUCUAAAAUACCUUUAUCUUGGAAAGCUCAGUGGUAAAGCAUCUGUUCUGAAUGCAGAAUGUCCCAGGUUCAGUCCCAUGCAUCUCCAGAUAGGGCUUGAUAUGUCCCCUCGUCUGAAACCCUAGGCAGCCACUGCCGGUCAGUUUAAACAAUGCUGGGUUAGAUGGACCAGUGGUUUGACCAAGUAUGAAAUAGCAUAUUGUAUUCCUAUGCACCUAUCACCAUUUGAAAGUGUUAUAAGAAAAACUGUUCCCUUUCCCUUAUAGCAGGCAUGUCCAAAGUCUGUUUUGGGGGCCUAAUCCGGCCUGUCGGUCAAUUUAAUCUGGCUCCCAUGGCAGUAUAUGUCCUGGGGCAAAAUCCUCUUUGAAAAAAGUUUGGGCACCCCGUCUUACGGGGUAUUCCGGAGCACAUAUAGAGUCCUUAAGUGGGUUCCCUAUUGGUAGGAGAAAACAGAGGCCAACCAGGUUAUAUUGAGCAGCAAAGCGGCUAGUAAGCCUGAUCUUUAUUAAAGGAGCUGUUGCAACAGGGUCCCCACAUGCAGGAGGUAGGAGAACCCUGAACAAUGGUGCGCAAGCCCUUACAUAGACAUUUGAAAUUGCCCACCCUGUAACCCAAGACCACCCACCCAAAAAAAGAUCAUACACACAUCACAGAAGGAGGCAGUCUACAGCAGAAAUCCUGUCUGCCAGGAGCAUGGUCACUGAUUGCAUUACCUGGGCAGUCUGGCUAUUCUUUUGUAAUGGUUAAUACUUUAGUUCCUGAGUCUAGGUCACAUCCUCACCCUAUUCAUACACAAAUAGGCCCUUAAGACAGGAUUUGCAAGCAAAAAGACAAUGGGAAAGCUUUCCCCAUUUGCCUCCCUUACUGCAGAGGAAUAUUUGAGGCCAUUGGAAGAGUCAAAAUGGGUUCAGGAUUGCUCUCCCACACUAUUUCAGACACAUGGUUCAUAUAUUUAGAUAUGUGUGCAUUGGUGAAUAUUUAUUCUAUAUUUUAGACCUUAAAAUUCUUCUUACAAAAGUGAUCUCACUCUGGGGCACCAUUCCAUUUCAAAGUCUAAAUCCGAUGCAAGGAAGAGUUCGUGUUCUCCGAACCACGUCCGCAAUUGCGAAUGACCUCUUCACUGCAACAUUUCGACCCUCUGUGCCCGCAGUCCAGUUUGGAUAUGUGGUGUCGCCAAAGGGAUGCCAUGAUCCCUGCAGCUGGCCCCGUCAGACAACUUGAUUGAUUAGAGCAGCAGGAAGAGGUGGAGGCCUUUUCCUAAAACUAUGAAGGAUGUUGAGAAUGGAGCAGCUGAAAACUAAUCCUUAGGCACUUCGUGUUCUCUGCUGUAAAAGCCUCCAUGUGGGAAGUGUCACUUCCAGUAUUGCCCCAUAGUCUGAUGGGGGGACAACAUGUGGUGGGAGAGAGUAAAUCACACCUGUUGUCAGAAAUACAAGAAAGCUAAACUGAAAAUUAGCAUUUACACAGAAGCCGGUUAUAUGAGAUAUAUAUAUAUAUAUAUAUAUAUAUAUAUAUAUGAUAUUCCAUUCAUCCGUGUAAUAGCUAACGCAGAAUGAAUUACAGAGGCAAGUAAGUCCAGAGUUAGCAAGGCAGUCGAAAGCCCAAACAGUUAAGUAAUGAAGUAGUUCAUUAGGAGUCGUACAGGGGAACACAAGUAAAUCUGGUAGCAGUUUAGCCGCAAGCUGAUGAAGGGCAGAAAGGCACUGCAAGCAGGAUUGUGAAGCUGCGGCAGUACUGGUGUGGACGUACUGUGCUAAAAAUAGCCAGAAGUAUCUGGUGGCAGGAUACUAAUGAGGCAGCGGAAUUAAUGGAGAAACACUUUUGCAGGUUCGUGCAGAACUGCCCGUGAACCUCAGUGCGCAGAAGCAGUGGAAGGUGAAGAUGAUGAUGAUAAUAAUAAUAAUAAUAAUAAUAAUAAUAAUUUGUUAUUUAUACCCCACCCAUCUGGCUGAGUUUCUGCAGCCACCCUGGGUGGCUCCCAAUCGAGUGUUAAAAACAAUACAGCAUUAAAUAUUAAAAACUUCCCUAAACAGGGCUGCCUUCAGAUGUUUCUUUGCCUUUUUGCUUGCCUGAUCGGAGAAAGGGGUGUGACUGGCAUGUGCACAGAAACCUCUGGCUUGGUUGUGUGACUUGAAUGCAGCCUUCUGCCACACCUGUGCCUCACCCACCUUUGCUUCUGGCCCCACCCAUCUCUGGCAUGUGCUCCCGGAAGGUUCUCUGUAGGGCAAGUGGCCUUUGGGUACAAAAAGUUUCCCCACGCCUUGCCUUAGUACUGUAACUAAGCCAAGAUAGGGUGACUGGGACAGACACACAUUUCCCCUCUUACUCACACAUAUCUCUGUAUUUCUUUCCUUGCUCUUUUCUCUCCUGUGUUGAAUUUUUAACUCCAUGCUCCAGAUGCUUUCCCCCUCCUUUUUUCUAGCAUUUUUAGAUUUAGAGAGGUUUGUCUGUGGGAAACGUUUCAGUCGGAGCAGUUGUAACCAUCAGAAUAAAAAUGUUUGGAAGCGGGUCAGUCUAGCUUAUGGGUCGCGAUUGCUGAUUCGUGCUUUCUGAAUUAUGUUUUUCUUUCGACACAGAGGGCAUGGCAUUCAGAGUGCUAUCAUUCAAGUAACAUGUAUUGGACACACCCGUGAUGCAAAUAAAGUCUUACCACUUAUUUUGCUUUUAAAGAUAGCCGUAAAGGUAACAGUGGCUUUUUUUAAAAAAAUGAAAUGUGCCAUUUGCACAUUGCAAGCUUGCCGUUCUCACACACAACCUGGACAUAUUUUGGUAUCAUUUGACUUUGAGAGCUGAGCCCACACCAGAAUUUGACCCAAUAACCAUUAACACAGACAACAGAGAUAAAUCAAAAGUAAAUUGACUGCAUCACGGUGGGGAAUUGGCUUGCUUACUGUAAAUCAAUAAACAGAAUAAAUAACCCUAGUAAUAGGCUACGUUUGAGAGUUUAAGACCAACACAAGAGUUAUUUAUAUUGAUUAUCGUUAAAGCAUUCCUGGGAACGUAUAGAAACUCUAGGAUGCAUUGACACGGGCCAGGGAGAUCAGACUGACUUGCUUUAGGAAGAGAAAGGGAGGUUGUCAGAGGAGGAAGGGGGCAGUAAUUUUAUGGGGUGUUGGGAAAGGUUUUAGGGAAGGAUCAGAAGAAAGCAAUUGGAUGAGUUUGGGACAUGACAAGGAGAAUAAAGGGAGUGGGUCUCAAAUUGGCUCAAAAUUAAAACAGAAGCAAAGACAACUCUUGUCUUCUUGGCCAUGAAAGAGUGGUAAAGGGUUUAAAGUGGUGCCAGCCAGGAAAAGUCUAAAGGCUUUAGAAAUUGCUUCUAAAAAAACAUCAUUCUGUUUCCAGGUGAGUAGGGGAUUAAUGUAAUCUUUUGGGCUCUAUUGGAAGGAGCCUCAGGCCAUUGACACUACGUACUUGAUUAAUAAUUGUGGGAAGGAGUGCAUAGGAAGGAGUGUCCUGUGCAGGUGAUAAUAUCUUGCCUUAACACUUCCAGAUUGAGUCAGAUGCUGUUCUGUUUGUUUUAAACCCACAAGUGAUAAGGGGAGAUAGCAGAGAUUUACAGUAAAGGGAACAAUAGGUUUACCAGAAAGUGUUGCAACUCAAUUUACUUCAACAGGCAUGAUGAGCUUCCUGCAAUGGGGUCUGUUGACCAAAAUCCCCUUCUCAGGCACAGACUACCAUAGAAUAAGCAGAGGAGUGGGGUAGGCUUGCUUUGUAACAAGCUCAUUUCCCAGUAAGGCCCUAGUAGAAAAAUCAAAAUCUAAUCCAAUUGUUUAAUAACCCUAGAUUGCUGAUUGGUAGUUUACACAGUUUACACAGGCAUUCCCCUGUGUUUUAACGGGGCUGUUCCAUUGCACAUUUUAAUAACGGUCAUUUGUAUUUUAAUGUUUUAAUGGGACUGUUUUAUUGUGCACUUUAAUUAUGGUGUGUUUCUGAUUACACUGUAUCUUAACAAAGAUGUUGAAUUGGGGUUUUUUAUGCUUUGUAAACCAUUUAGAAGCCACGUGGGGAUUAAGGAGUAUAUAAAUUAUUAAAAUAAGAACAGUAUUUCCAUUCUCCUGUUGUAAACAAAAUCUGCCCUUAUGGGAUAUCCAGGAGCCCAUAUAGAGUCCUUACAUAGGUUCCCUAUUGGUAGGAGAAAAUAACAGAGGCCAACCAGAGAAUAUUGAGAAGCAAAGCAGCUAGUAAGCUUGAUCUUUAUUGAUCGGUUGCAACAGGGUGCUCCUCUUACCCGCAGGAAAGGAGGAAGAACCCAGAACAAUGGCGUGCAAGGCCUUAUAUGGACUUUUGAAAUUGCCACCCUGUAGAUCAAGACCACCCCCAGAAACAUCAUACAUACAUCACAGAAGGGGUGUAACCUAAGACCACCCCCCAGAUACAUCAUACCUACAUCACAGAAAAGGCGGUCUAAAACAGAAAUUUGAAUGUUGUUUUUCUCCUGUCCUUGUUUAUGUCCUGUCUGGCAGGUUACUUGAUUGGAUUGCCUGGGGAGCCUGGCCAGUCUUUUGUAAUGAUAAAUACUUAGUUCCUGGGCCAGGUCACAAGCUCACACCCUAUUCAAACACGGACAUACCCUUAAGACAGGAUUUUUGAAGGAAAAGGCAAUGGGGAGGCUUUUCCAUUUUCCUUUGACCUUGCAGAGAAAACAUUUGGUCAGUUUGGGACAGUUUGGGAAUCAAAAUGGUUCCAGGUCAGUCUUCCUGUGUUGAUCUAUGUAAGUAGUUGGUUGGUACACUUAUGAACAUUUAACAUAUACAGUGGUACCUCGGGUUACAUACGCUUCAGAUUACAUACGCUUCAGGUUACAGAUUCCGCUAACCCAGAAAUAUCACCUCGGGUUAAGAACUUUGCUUCAGGAAGAGAACAGAAAUUGUGCUCUGGCAGCGCGGCAGCAGCAGGAGGCCCCAUUAGCUAAAGUGGUGCUUCAGGUUAAGAACAGUUUCAGGUUAAGUACGGACCUCCGGAAUGAAUUAAGUACUUAACCUGAGGUACCACUGUAUCUAAGACCUCAAAAUUCCUAUCACACUCCCUACUUACAUGGAUUUUGAGCUUGACGGUGAAAGGAACUUUCGGGUGCCUUUUGCAAGGCUCUGUGAGUUGGCUACCUGUGUAUAACCCACCUUCAUGGUCAGGAAAAAGUUGGGAGAUGGUGGGAGGCUGUGCCAUCAAGAACAUAUGAUGUGGAGGAGAGACUGGUCUCGUUCGCAUGUCACGGUAAACCAUAUUUUAUGGAUUUCUGCGAAAGAGAUUGUUCCCACUUUGCUUCUCCCAUCAGGUGAGCUGAAGCGACAAGCCAUGAGGUUUGUGAACCCUGGAUUGUCACUAGUUUCUCCUGAAGCAAAACAACCCGUAGCUUCAGAUCAUGGUUUGUUUCCCAUGAUCAUGCAUUUGCAUGUUACAACAGGCCAGGCUUUGGCUUGUCGCUGCUGCUUGCGCUAGUAGAUGUCCCAUGGGUUCCCAAUUCUAUGAUAUGAAAGCCAUUGACCAUUGUGUGCAAAGAAGGCCACUGUCUGGAGAAUAUAGGUGCCUGGUGCCUGCUGCAAUCAAAGAUGUGGAGAGGAUAUUUUCUGUACAGAAGGCGUUUUUGAAUUCAUUUUUUCACUAUAGAUGUUUUGGAUAACAGGAAAUGCAGCUCCAAUAAACUUGAGCAUCAGGUUUUUAAAAUUAACGAAUUGUUAUAAAAAGAAAAAAGAAAUCCAUGAUAAUCUUGUUUGGAUCAGUAGUGAGGAUGAUAUCUAGGAAAGGGAUGUGUGAAUUUUUGAUGCUGCUAUUGCACUGCAUUUCAUAGUUGGGUGAACAGAGCUGACCUUGUUUUUAAAUUGCUCCAAGCAUUCUUUGCCACUGGGCCAGAAGAGAUAUGUGCUCUACCUCAUGGUCUUCAGCCUGAUUUGAGAAUAAUUCAAGAGAAUGUGUGACUAGGUCAUUUAGCCCUCCUGUAAUGUCCGUGACUAGAUCUGUCUAGAUUUGGAGCGACUGUUUUCACCGAUCCUGGCCUAGUUAUCAAGAUCAUUUCCCUUGGUUUCAAAAGGAACUGCAGCUUAAAAGUUGCAGUUCUCAUGGAACAGUGUCCUGCAACAGUCAGUGACAUUUGCCACCAGUGAAGCCUUGCAGUCUGACCUCCCUGUGCUUUUCAAAGUGGCAACAUGUAUUCAUCACCACCUCUUUUGUCAUUCCCAGCUUAUUACUGUAGAAGAACAGAAGUUUCUUACAGAUCCGCAGUAUAAUUCUGGAAUCUUAAUUGUGUGGGAUCCAGCACCAUAUCACUCAGGUAUCCACGAGGUACGUUUGAGCUAUGUGCAUAUUAAAAUAAUUGCCUGGAAUUGCAGUGGAUUCUGGGAGAAGGUUGUGGUCAUCCUGGAAAUGCAUGGUUCUGUGGUUGUAAAGACUAGUACAGGGGAAGGCAACCUAAGGCCCGUGGGCCGGAUGUGGCCCAAUCACCUUCUCAAUCCGGCCCACGGACAGUCUGGGAAUCAGCGUGUUUUUACAUGAGUAGAAUGUGUGCUUUUAUUUAAAAUGCAUCUCUGGGUUAUUUGUGGGGCAUAGGAAUCCGUUCAUUUCCCCCCCAAAAAUAUAGUCCGGCCCACCACAUGGUCUGAGGGCCCACGGCUGAAAAACGUUGCUGACUCCUUCUCUAGUAUCUCCUCACAUCUGACACCAGAAGCACCAGGUACCUGAAAUCGGCCUAAUCCUCAAAUCAAAACACUUUGAUGCUCCAUGUACAGUUCCACCGAGGCUUAGGGCAGCUAUUGAAUUAUUGCCUACAAAGAAAACCAAAGGAUAAAAGAACAUCCCUUUAAUUAUUUCCACAACCCCCCAAAAAAUCAAUUUAGAAACAAACAACCCCUGGAUCUAUUUCUCUGCAGUUCAGCAAGUUUCUUGUCUAGCAGCAUCUCUCUCAUGUCUACAAUUUUCAAGCCAAUUGCACGCGAAACACUUGAGAUUUAAGUGAUGCACCUCAGAGCUGCAAAGGCAGCCCUCACAGAACCACUGCAGCUGCUCUUCUGAAAUUCAGCACGGUUCUUCUGCUUGGUGUGGGGACAUGAAUUUUUUUUUGAGAACAUCUCUGAAUCAGGCUUCUCUGUUUGGAGACAGUUUUGCUCGUAUUCAUAGAAGAGCCACAAUUCUUUUUUGCUUUUGGUUUCAGUGGUACCAAAAACCGGACUACAAUUUCUUUAAAAGCUACAAGAACUAUCGGAAAAGGCACCCGGAACAACCUUUUUAUAUCCUGAAUCCCCACAUGCAGUGGCAGCUCUGGGAUAUCCUUCAAGAAAACUCACCAGAGGAUAUUCAGCCAAAUCCUCCAUCUUCAGGAAUGCUUGGUACGUUGUUUGCAGGGCAAGUCCUGGGUUUCUUCUUUGGACUGUGAGUGGGUGUUACCUGUCUUUUCAUAUAACAGUGAACUUGGCCUGUUGAGUGCCUAUCAAUAAGAGAAGGGUUUCUACAUACUUGGGGAGCUCAGUUUGCAGAAGUAUAUCGAUUUGUAAAUUCAAGGAAAAGCAGCCAAAACAGCCAGGUAAGAACCUCUGAGCUAACAAAACACUGGUGGCAGUUGAGCCGAGGGAGUAAAAAAGGGUUUAAGGGAUCUAAAAAUUCAGUAGAAUAAAGUCUCUGGUUGAGAGAAGCCGAGACAUGGAAGAGAAAAUCGAGGUCAAUCCAUUGCCCUCAUUUAUCCCUUUCCUCAUAAAAUAGACGGCUAGAUUUGUUAACAAAUGCUCGUUCUACAACUUCAGUCUAUCGCUGGCCUCUGUUAUAAGGUGCUGCCACCCCUCUUGCCUCCCUCAAAACACACUUGUUUAGUGAAGCCUUUGACAUCACCCUUUAGCAUACUGCUGGGGUAGUCAUCCUGGUGCCCCCAGAUGUUGUUGGCUCCCAAUUCUCAUCAGACCCAACCAGUCUGGCCACCAACAUCUGGAGGACACUAUAUUGAGCAAACCUGUUAUUCUCCUGUUGGCACUUGUCUCCAUCUUUUGACUGCAAACCAAGGAUGGGUGAUAUCUGUUCCUCCAGAUGUUGUUUGAUUCCAAUUCCUACCAAGCCCUGCCAGCAUGCCCAGUGGUUAGGGAGGAUGGGGGAUGUGCUGUGUCAUCUGGAGGGCCACAGGUUCUCCUUCCUUAGUGUAAACACUAUUGGGUCAAGGAUCUGCCUCUUGUACUUGCACCAUGCACACAGAUGGAAUUAUUAUUAUUAUUAUUAUUAUUAUUAUUACCACCACCACCAUCAUCAUCAUCUUCUUCUUCUUUAGCUAACAGUUAGUGUUUGGCACACAGCUUGAGCUGCUUCCACCAUAGGAAAGAGGCUGGUUUUUUCUGGAUGAAGCAUUCUUUUCUUUUCUUUUUACACAGGUACACACACACACACACACACACACACCCUUACUUGCAGCUAAAUAACUAUAACAAAAUGAUAAUUCAAUUACCACCCCAUGCCAUAUCGUACCCCCCACACUCCUAAGUAUUACUGUGUUUGCUCGAAUCUAAUGUGCAAUUUUGGUGCCAAAUUAUAUUGCAAAAAUUAAGGUGCGCGUUAGAUUCGAUGGCGCAUUAGACUCGAGUAAAUACGGUAGUCGGUGUGUGUUUUUAACUCUCGCCACAAGAUGGCACUAUUGCAUAGUAAGAUUCUGACACAAAAGAGGACACGUUUCCAGCUGAAUUCUGUUGCUGUGCUUGAAUUGAUAAGGCGCAAAUAUUGCCUUGUCUUGCUGCGCAUUCAGAUCCUGUGACUGGCAAAAACAGUGGGGCUCUUCAUAUUCCAUGCUAGUGCAGAAAAGGGGAGGGGUAUGAUUUGCCUCUGAGGACGUCCACAAAGCAUGACUGGAUGCUGCCCUCAUUAGCAGAGCAAAUUCGGAAAAGUUGUUAGUGAACAUUCCCCUACAGCAUGUUCCACACAUGACAGCUUUGUGAAGCUUCUCUUCUGCCUCGGGAUAAAAAUAAUCUGUUUUUUCACUGUUAAUCAUCAGAACGGCACCUUUUCCAGUAAUGCGUUAUGAAUAUAAAUCACAAAUGGCUUUGAGGAAUUGUGGAAAAUAAAUCUGCCAGGAACUGCUAUUCACGGAAGCCCAUGGUACAGAUUGUAUCAUCAUCAUUAUAUAGUGCUAACAGUAUGCAUGGGAAUUUGCAAAUGACAAGAGGAGAGGAUCCCACCCAAAUGGAACUUUGCAAUCAGGAAUUUGACACAAGGAAAACCGAGAAAGGCAAAGAGGCAUGUGUGUGUUUGUGUGUAAGCAGUGAAAGAACAUGCAGUUGCAUGUGCUUGGGCUUAGUUAGAGGCUCACUCCAAUUAUUAUUAUUAAAAGUAAUUUAUUAAUUGUCUUCUAAGCCACUGUCUCAAGCUGAUUUACACAUAAAAUAAUUAAAAAACUGUUAAAAACACAACACAACAAAUAUGUUUAAAGCAAGACUAAAAACCCUCACAAAUGGACACUUGUGAUAUAGUCCCGUUGAUCCAAUUGGGAAAACUUGCCAGAACAAAAAUAUCCUCAACUAUUUCCACAACCUCCCCCCAAAAAGUGUAAAUAGUCAAGUCAUAUCUUGAUAGGAAUGCUGUUUCCCAGGACAGGGGCAGCAACACUAAAAACUCUGCUCCGAGCUAUUGCAGAGUGAGCUUCUGCUAUAUUUGGAACUUGUGGGAGAUCUCUUCUGCAAACCACAGUAAUCUACUGAGUAUGUAACAGAUAGGGUGGUCUCUCUAGUAACCUGGUCCCGAAAUAGCCUGGUAGCAAAUUGAUUGCCAGUAUAAAUCCUCAAAGAAAGCUGGCCGUCGUCUUCUGCACUAGCUGCCCCCUUCAGAUCAACUCCAAGGGUAGCCCCACACACAGCAUGUUGCAGUAAUCCAACUGUGAGGUUAGCAGCGCAUGGAGAACUGUGGUCCAGCUGUCCCAACCCAGGAAUGGCCGUAGCUGUCUUAUCAACCAAUGUUGAUCUCAGGUGCAGGAAAUGUGGGUGUAGUCACCCAAAAUGGCCACUCACUGGGCCUGGUAGGUUGAAGGUUCCCCACCACUGUUUGAGGAAAGGAACGUUCCUCCUCUGGCCAUUAGUCAACCUCAAUGGAAGUGCUUUAGCUAGGCAGAUGAAAAGCAGUGCCAAUGGUUGUGUUUGAUUUACCAAUGUUGUGAUAAGUCAUGAGUAUGCAGCUGACAUUUCCAUCUCCAAAGACCCUCCUCCCCCUGCCCUGAACAUCUUGGGGCUACUGCAAAGUCUUGUGAUGUGGAGGGAGGGAGGAAUAGAGGAGGGAGAUAGGGCAGAGGCAGAUUGUGUGAAUGGCGCACCCCCCUCCACUCAGACAAGCAGCCUCCUCCAGAUUUCCGCCUCACACUCAAACAACCUGCUCACAUUACAUAAUUUUUAUGAGGGUCAAAGGACAACAGCUGUCUGAGGAGAGGAGCAGGGAGGGAAUCCCCCCUGCACAAGUUCAGCACGUGAUACAACCAGCUUCAUUCGUAUUGUGGUAUAUUGUUUUUAUGUACAGGCCUCUGAGUGAGAAAACCUGGUGAUUGUGGCUCAUUAAGAGAAUGUCUAUCACUACACGUACCUGUGGGGAGUUUUGUACAUCUAAGGGGAAAGUCCACUAGAUGGCAGCACAGCUCCAGUUUGGGAAUAAAAAAUGGUACAAGCAAUUCCACUUACGCUUUAUUUGCUCUCAUACAGUUUCCGACAUACAGCAGAGAAAUGACUUCUAUCCAUAUACCGGUGCAAUCUUAGCAGUAAUUGAACAGUGUUCAAUUGCAACAAUCAGGGGUGGAGAAGACGCCAUCUUCAACAAUAUCUAUCAGGCCAGGGGGAUCUGUAGCCUUCUGGGUUCCCAGAUCCCAUUAUUCCUCACCACUGGCCAUGCUACUUGGGCAGGAUGGUGGUUGGAAUCGAACAACAUUGGGAUUGCCACAGCUUCCCCAUCCCUGCUGUAGAGCCUUUAACUCCUUUUGUCUAGGUUUCUAGUCAAAAGAAAACAUCAGGAAGACCUCCUUUCUUCCCUCUGCGUUGCUGAGGAUUUCUCUCUCUCUCUCUCUCUCUCUCUCUCUCUCUCUCUCACACACACACACACACACACACACACACACACCCCUCAUGAUUUUUAAACCCUGCCUUCAGGUCACCCAUUCUGCUGUGUCUUUUAAUGGAUCCUUUGUCUCUCUCCCCUCCCUUUCUAGGCAUUGCUCUCAUGAUGAACUUCUGCGACGAAGUGGAUGUUUACGAGUUUCUCCCUUCCAAAAGGCAGACAGACGUUUGUCAUUAUUACCAGAAGUUCUUUGACCAAGCCUGCACUAUGGGUGCCUACCACCCGCUGCUCUUUGAGAAAAAUAUGGUGAAGCACCUUAAUCGAGGCACAGAUGAAGACAUUUACACUCACGGGAAAGUCACUCUAACUGGCUUGAGGAAUGUGCAGUGUUAGACCUGUGAAUCCGCUCUUCUGGGCUUGGAAAAACCCUUCUUGAAUCACAAGGCACUUUUUAAUUUUUAAUUUUUUAAAAAAGAAAUUCUAAAGUUGGGCAAGCUGUUCACAAUUAACAAUUCUUCCGUUCAGUACGCCUUAAUUUGUGACUGCAGGGUGGGUUGUUUCUACUAAAAAGCAGGCAGAAGAAAGCUCUAGCUGAGGCAUCCAGUGUUUAGGAACAUCUUCAUGUUUCAUUGCUCUGUCUCAGAACACUCCAGUCCUUAACUCAGGAACACAUAAAAUCAGGGCUGUGAAUUAAAGUUAGUUUUGGGCUGAGAAUUCUGCAUUUCUGAUAAUCUGUUUCUCUCGCCGCCGCCACCCCCACCCCCAUUUGACGAGUUUCUAUCUCUCACGGUGGGAGGAUAGAUUGUGUGCACACAAUCGAUGCAAAAUGAAUAUGGAAUAUGUCCAGUGAUUAGGAGUCAGGGCAUCUGUGACUAUCAAGCUCUUAGCAGUAUCUGCUCUUGGUUGUUGGAUGCCAAGGCAAAACCUCAAUGAUGCUUGCUCCCAGGUAAGUUGGCAUAAGAUUGCUGCCAUAGUUCUCCCCCUUCCCCCCCCAAAAAAAUCUCUAAAUACAUUAUCUGAUGUAGCAUUUCAAAAUGCUCCAGAGAAAUCUGUGGGGAAGGGCAAGGCACCAGAAGUCAACUGCUGAACCGUCACAGUGACAGAAGGUUCAGACUAAUGAGCGAGUUUUGAGGCCAAGGCUUUAUAGGCCUGGGUGAGAAGGGAUUGGCCUGUGAAGCCAGUAUCGCAGCCUAGGUGGUACCCUUGCAGUGCAAAGCUUAGCCAGGUUUUUGGCAGUGGUCUGAGCAGCACAGGACACCAGGUCUUGACCCUUGGGUCUCUCUGACACCUCACCUCUGUCAUAGCUAAGAGCCCUUCGUAAGACACACAGAAGUAGAGAAAGUGUGAAAGAAGCAAAUGCACAAAUUGGUUUCAUUUGCUGCAUUUACCUUGGUUGCAGAAUUCCACUUUUCUGGGCGUGAAAAUUUGAAGUUGCUUUUCCAGCGUAGAGUCUGUUCUGAGCCUGCGUGUAGCUAAGUAGACCUGAGGAUUCCUCUUUCUUAGCUAUCCCACGCCUGGACUAAAAACCACACAUUCUACAAAUCCGUGUCAAAACAUGUAAAAGUUGUGUGGUUAGGAAUACAUUUGAGCUACUUUUAGUGGGUUGUGUAUUUUAUUCCCUCUGCAAAUUUUGGAGUGUUGUGGUUACAGAAGGGAUAUUCUGGGUAUCCAAGACAUCCCUGCCCAUGGAAAUUAAGAGAGUAUCUCUGUUGUACUGUGAACGGACACCUGCAAGACACUGAACAGUCAUGUUGGCUGGAUGCUGGAGAUGCUAUAAAGUGCCAAACUCUGUUGAGUGCUUAUGAUAUGAUAUAUUAAUAGCACUUCAUAUGUUGGUCAGAUGAACUCAGUGUGGUACGCAGGGGAAAGAAUUGUGACCAGGGUUUAAACACACUGCUCCUAAGUGUAUCUAUCCACUCCUGACGUCCCUGAAGACAGAGCCAAGAAAAAGUUACCAAGGGAAUUGUUUUCCUAUGUCUUUCCACAGCAAAGAUGCUCUUGAAAUAAUCUACUAGUUUCAUUUUUAAAAUAUUAUUUAAUAUAAUUUCUCCCCAGGCUUGUCUUUCCACAGCAAAAGAGUACCCAAAAUUUAUAGCUGCCUGUUUCAGAAAACCUGGCAAUUGCAAUGACAGAGUUAUAGCCAUGCCAGAGGACUAAGGACUAGCUAAGUUGCUGUUUGGAAGUCUGCCAUUCCAGCUCUAGUUGCUUUUGGGUGGCAUAAUACCCCAUGCCUGUGACUGGAAAUUAACCCUUGACAGAUAUGCUGCCAUGUGCAUUGGGGAGGUAAGAUCUUAAAAGCCAUGGCAGCCUUGUUAUUUUAUGCAAAUAUGUGAAUCCACAUGAAGAUGCCAUUUAAUCUUGAGCCUGCAGUACACUGCAAGUGUAACAGCCAGGAUGCUGUUGGAUUCAGAUGUGAUUGAUAAAAGAUAAUACCUCCUGCCGCCACCUCUAAUACGGCAAAAAGUCAGGCCAUUUAAAACCAACUGGGUAAAGUCCUGCUGUUGAUUAGAGCUGUUUCUAUUUUCCUUAAUCAGGUUAAAUUUUAGAUUUGGUCAUUGCAUUAUUCAAGAUACAAUCAGUUUCAUCAUCAAGGGUCUGUUGCUUAGAUAACUUUACUUCGUUGCCUCUUCUCCCAUCUUUUACGACGUUCCAUACUAUUCUUCCUCCUGUCUUGCUAUUUCUUUCAGUGCUCUUCAUCUCUUCCAGUCCCUGGAGAGUUCUCAGUAGGGUUGGACCUUGUCUCUGACUCUUCUCUUUCCACUGUCACUUUCUGGCUACUCUCAUUCAGUCAAAAGUCUUUGGCUGCCUCCGUUGUGCUGAUAACUCCCCAAUCUGCUUUUCUGAUCUGAUCUCCCUCUCCAAACCUCAUCUAACCUGUAGAUGUCUGGGCACAAAGGUGACAAGCCUUGUUCCAGUUUCUCCGCUGGAAUUCUGCCUCACAUCUCCCAAGACCAGUGAAUGGUGACCUUUACUUUUUCAAUACAAUCCCGUUUCCUCUAGGAUUUGACAUGAAUGGGAACUUUGUUCCUAAGCCUAAUUGCCACCUAAGGGGGGGGCAGUUUGUGGGGGCAGGUGGGAGGGUUUAGGGGGAAAAAUGGGUCCCAUUUGCACUUGAACAACAGUUCACAGGACUGGAGAAAGAGAAGGGGGAGUAUGAUAACUUGAGAAGGAAAAAACGGUGCAAGAGAGCAGGGAAGGUUUCAGAGACUGUGUGAAUGGGAGGGCAGGGUGUGGAUGUGAGAGAACAGUGUGUGUAUAUUUGUGUGAGUGGGGUGUGUAUUUGGUAUUGGCCCCCUCCACCUCUGGCAUGCACCCCACAGAAGUUUCUCUGUGAGGAAAUGUGGCCCUCAGACUGAAAAUAUUUCACCACUACUUGUUCCUUCUCAGCAUCACCAUGCCCUUCCCCCCUUUUUUGCACCCACUACUAGACCUCUUUUCCAUAUCUAGUAGUAACCUUGUAAUUGCUGUGAAAAUGAGCUUUUUUUAAAGGGGGGGGUUGUCUCAUUUUCAAUGCCUCUCUUAAAAUCGCCAUUAUCCCUUAUAGCCAGUGCUAUUUUUCCAGAAAAAGAGGUGCUGGAACUCACCACGAAUUCCUCCCUUGUUCUCUUAGAAUAGCAAUGGCACCCACCUGAGAGGCGCCAGAACUGAGUUCCAGUGAGUUCUGGCUGAAAAAAGCCCUGCUUUUUGCUAUCAUCAAAUUGCCCUUCUCCUCAGCCUCUGUAUUGGCUCAGUUUGAAGCCCCUGGUACUUAUUUGAAAGCUGUUUGCUGCUUCUCAAAGCAUAUAUCAUACAUAAGAAUGUACACCAAGUCAAUUCAUGAUGUAUGGUAUCUGAAUAUCAGAGAGGAGCAGUUGAGGUUUGGUUCAGUGCAUGUACACACACAUAUUGCUUCAGCUUUCUGAACAAUGCCUGGCAGACCAAGGAUAGUCACAAUUUAGUAGCAACAACAGUAGAAGACUCUACCUGGACAGAGAUAUUGAGUGGCUUUCCAUUAAUCUCAGAUGAUUCAGCAGCAGGAUAGAAGCCACCUUAUUAGAAGCACUGUUUAGAGAAGCCAGUUUUGAGUAUCUGCAUAAUGUGACUCUCCCUUAUUUUGCUGACCAUGUGAAGGAAAUGAUGUGACUUGAUAAUAACACUGUAAAUUUGACUGACCCCCCCCCCCAAGUCAAUUUCUGAAUCCCUAGCUCCAAAUUCAGGCUUGUACUGAAAAUAACAUUCUCUAUUUAAUUGUGGCUCCACACACACACAAACACACAAAAAGGCAUUUGGAAUAAUUACUUUGCUCCCAGGGUUGUGUUUGCCAGUUUUAUAUACAUGUAUAGACUACUUUUCUCAAGAAAUGUUUGCUUUUCCCCCAAUGUGAAAUGAAAACACAGAACCUCGUCUAUGUGAUUUGUCAACAAUGAUCUUUGAAAUCGAUUGAAAUAAUUCUGAAGGACCCAAAGAUGUAAAAUUUGUAAUAAAGAUUUUGUAAAGUGAUUGUUUCUG